GUGACGUCACACCAGGCAGCGCGUUGGUAACCUUGAUUUCCGGUUAUUAGCAGCCGCUGCGAUCUGAGGGGAGACAGACAGAGACCGGAGCUCGCAGCGCUCACACCGGGGAACCGCGGCCGCAGCAGGAGAACGAGGUGAGCGAGCGGACCGUGUGUGACCAUUACCGGCCGGACCCCCUCCCCCUCCUCCCACCACCCCUCCCCCAACCCCGGGACACCGAGCGGCAGCCUGGGCCUCACUGCGGCAUUGUCUGUCCGGGGGGGCCGCACCGGGGGCCGCACUGCCGCCCCUCCCCCCCCUCCAUUAUACACACUGUAUACAUAUUAUAUAUAGUCACUAACCCCCUCGUUAUACACACUGUAUACAUAUUAUAUUAUAUAUAGUCACUGACCCCCUCGUUAUACACACUGUAUACAUAUUAUAUAUAGUCACUGACCCCCUCGUUAUACACACUGUAUACAUAUUAUAUAUAGUCACUGACCCCCUCGUUAUACACACUGUAUACAUAUUAUAUUAUAUAUAGUCACUGACCCCCUCGUUAUACACACUGUGUACAUAUUAUAUAUAGUCACUGACCCCCUCGUUAUACACACUGUAUACAUAUAUUAUAUAUUGUCACUGACCUCCUCAUUAUACAGACUGUAUACAUAUUAUAUUUAGAGAUGUCGCGAACUGUCCGCCGGCGACCAAUAGCGUGUUCGCGUUUUGCGAACAUAUGCGAUUUCCGGUCCGCCCCCUAUUUGUCAUCAUUGAGUACACUUUGACCUGUACCUCACAGUCAACAGACACUUCCUGGGAGGGAGGGUCUGCUGCUGAUUGGCUGGAAUGUCUGCUGACUGUGAGGUUCCGGGUCAAAGUGUAAUCAAUGAUGACGAAUAGGGGGCAGACCGGAAAUCGCAUAUGUUCGCCCAACGCGAACACGCUAUUGUUCGCCGGCGAGCAGUUCGCGACAUCUCUAAUUAUAUAUAGUCACUGACCCCCUCGUUAUACACACUGUGUACAUAUUAUAUUUAUAUAUAGUCACUGACCCCUCGUUAUACACACUGUAUACAUAUUAUAUUAUAUAUAGUCACUGACCCCCUCGUUAUAUAGACUGUAUACAUAUUAUAUAUAGUCACUCACCCCCUCGUUAUACACACUGUAUACAUAUUCUAUUAUAUAUAGUCACUCACCCCCUCGUUAUACACACUGUAUACAUAUUCUAUUAUAUAUAUAGUCACUCACCCCCUCGUUAUACACACUGUAUACAUAUUCUAUUAUAUAUAGUCACUCACCCCCUCGUUAUACACACUGUAUACAUAUUAUAUUAUAUAUAGUCACUGACCCCCUCGUUAUACACACUGUAUACAUAUUAUAUUAUAUAUAGUCACUGAUCCCUUCGUUAUACACACUGUAUACAUAUUAUAUAUAGUCACUGACCCCCUCGUUAUACACACUGUAUACAUAUUAUAUAUAGUCACUGACCCCCUCGUUAUACACACUGUAUACAUAUUAUAUUAUAUAUAGUCACUGACCCCCUCGUUAUACACACUGUAUACAUAUUAUGUUAUAUGUAGUCACUGACCCCCUCCAUUAUACACACUGUAUACAUAUUAUAUAUAGUCACUAACCCCCUCGUUAUACACACUGUAUACAUAUUAUAUUUAUAUAUAGUCACUGACCCCUCGUUAUACACACUGUAUACAUAUUAUAUUUAUAUAUAGUCACUGACCCCCUCAUUAUUCAGACUGUAUACAUAUUAUAUUAUAUAUUGUCACUGACCUCCUCAUUAUACAGACUGUAUACAUAUUAUAUUUAGAGAUGUCGCGAACUGUCCGCCGGCGACCAAUAGCGUGUUCGCUUUUUGCGAACAUAUGCGAUUUCCGGUCCGCCCCCUAUUUGUCAUCAUUGAGUACACUUUGACCUGUACCUCACAGUCAACAGACACUUCCUGGGAGGGAGGGUCUGCUGCUGAUUGGCUGGAAUGUGUCUGCUGACUGUGAGGUUCCGGGUCAAAGUGUACUCAAUGAUGACGAAUAGGGGGCAGACCGGAAAUCGCAUAUGUUCGCCCAACGCGAACACGCUAUUGUUCGCCGGCGAGCAGUUCGCGACAUCUCUAAUUAUAUUAUAUAUAGUCACUGACCCCCUCGUUAUACACACUAUAUACAUAUUAUAUUUAUAUAUAGUCACUGACCCCUCGUUAUACACACUGUAUACAUAUAUUAUAUAUAGUCACUGACCCCCUCGUUAUACACACUGUAUACAUAUAUUUAUAUAUAGUCACUGACCCACUCGUUAUACGUAUUAUAUUUAUAUAUAGUCCCUGACCCCCUCGUUAUACACACUGUAUACAUAUUAUAUUUAGUCACUGACCCCCUCGUUAUAUACACUGUAUACAUAUUAUAUUUAUAUAUAGUCACUGACCCCCUCGUUAUAUACACUGUAUACAUAUUAUAUUUAUAUAUAGUCACUGACCCCCUCGUUAUAUACACUGUAUACAUAUUAUAUUUAUAUAUAGUCACUGACCCCCUCGUUAUACAAACUGUAUACAUAUUAUAUUUAUAUAUAGUCACUGACCCCCUCGUUAUACAAACUGUAUAUAUAUUAUAUUUAUAGUCACUGACCCCCUCGUUAUACACACUGUAUACAUAUUAUAUUUAUAUAUAGUCACUGACCCCCUCAUUAUAUAGCCUGUAUACAUAUUAUAUAAUCAGUGGCCUCCUUAGUGUAUAUCCUGUAUGUAUCCUAUAGUCAGUGACCACCUCAUGGUAUAGCCUUCAUACAUGCUAUAUAUAGACAGAAACCCACGCACAAUAUACUGCUGAAUAUACAUGUUUAUAUGUGUGUUUAAACUUGUACAUGUGUAAUAAAACAUUUUAUGUAAGAGCUAAAAUUGCACAUACAUAUUUAAUAGUAAUCAUGCUUGAUGGAUAUCUAGAUCUUAAAAACAUUAAACAGAGAGGCAUGAUGGUUGCUCUUCAUCUUUUAAAUGGUAGUUUGGGCUAGAAAGUACUGUAAAUUGAGCAGGACAUGCAGGAUAGCUUGUGACCAUGAAGGCUGUUUUAUCUAUCUUUUGUCCCAGCUUUUGACGGUUACACUUAUUGCUCCACCUGCUACUCAUAUCUGACUUGGCAUCAUGGGAAAUAUUGUCAACAACAAACCGCUUUAGUGGUUUAACAGUCACUGAAUUUAUAGGAACUCUGUUGUAAGUUAUGGGUUUUACUAGACUGACCUAUAUAUGAAAUUAAGAGACUGAAAGACCAGUGUGAAUAGAUGUAUUUACAUACAGAGAAUAAAAAAAAUCUGUUACACCACCACCUGAUGGGAGUUUCUUGCUUUUGUGAAUUGUGUUUACAUGUAGAUAAUUCUAGAGUGUUGAGAUACAAAUAGAUUUUAGUUGCAUAGCAGCUAUUUGUUACUGACUGAUUGGUAAAGUUGAUAGUUGUGGAUGCAGUCCGUUGCCUGUAAACAAUUUGGUGAGCAGGUAGAUUAGGUUUCAUUUUAUGAUUAAUGUUGCAUUUUGUAAACUUAAAAUUUUCUCUUUAUUUACAUUAAUUCUUAUGUUAGACGUUUAGUAAAGUGUUGAGCCAUGACUUUAAUAUAUAUUAAUCUGCUGUUUAGAUAUGUCUUAUUGUCCUUGGAAUUUAUAGUUUUAUGUUCAUUGGACUUGGAAGAUUUGUGCUUUGUCCGUCCUUUAUUUAAAAGUGUGUGAUUUGUAUGCAUGACUUGUAAUGCGAAGGUUAAGGCAUUUGAAUGCUGUACUUUGUAAAGGAACAACUUAAUGAAGCAGUUUUGGUGUAUAGAGAAUGCCACACUCUCAAUAGACAAUUGAUCAGUUUGACUGCAGGGGCAUGGUCUAUACACUAAAAUGUUUUCAUUAAAGGAAUGCUGUAGUGUUCUUCGGCACUUGUGUAGUGCUGAAGUAAAUAUUUAGGUGAUGCUGGCCCCCACUCUGAGUAAAGAGUGUGUAAAUAAAAUAAACAACCAAAAACAUGCAUGCAAAACAUCACACUGCGCCAAUCAGGACCUUCUCAGAGAUGCAUUCUAUUAAUGCAUCUCUAUGGGGGUGUUCAGUGUUUCAAUGCAGGUAGGUGCUGCACUGUGAUAGUAAGCACCUCUAGUGGCUUUGUGUGAUUACCACUAGAGAUGUUAAUAGGCAGCAAUGUUAACACUGCCUUUUAAUAGAAAAGGCAGUGUUUACAUUUAAAAAACCUGAAGAGACAGGCUAGACACCAGAACCACUACAUUAGACUGUAGUUAUUCUACUGACUAUAGUGUCCUUUAAUGCUGAAUGUUUUGAUACUAUAGUAUCCCAUUAAGUUCCAUCAAAUAAAACGUGUAAAUAUGAUACAAUAAAUGUAUUCAUGCUGUAUUGAGCAUGUGUUGCCUUUCAUCUUGUUUUAUGUUGCUGCUAUCAUAUCAGAGAGCUUUAAAAUUCCAGCUUUCCCUCCAGCCCCUGGGCUGUUCUGUAUUUGUCUGGAUUGCAUGACAGGAUCUGUUAUUUCCUUACACAGGACAGGACUCAUUCAGCUGUCUCGCACAGAAGGCUGCAUGCAACUUGGUGUCAAGUCAUUUGCUUGUUUGUUUGGUAUAGUGUGCAUUUUACUCUGAUGGCAUUUCAUUUUUGUUUUAAUUUUCAUUAAUACUACUUUGUUUUGGAGAGACAGUGUUGACUAUAUACUCUUCUGUUUGCAGCUGUGUGGUGGUUUUAAUAUUUAUAAUGGUUCUUGUGAACUCGCAAAGUCCCCUUACAGUGACAUUGCUGCUUGGGGUCUAGUGGCCGAGAGGGGGGUGGUAAAGGUGAGUUUACUUGCCUGAACCUGACCCUCCUGGAUGCCAACAUCUUAGUCCAGCGUGGUCCUCAUUGGUGCUGACGAGCAUGCACAAGACUACAACAUUGAAGUCUAUGGGGGAUCCUGGAAGAUCCUCAAUAGGUACCGCCAGUUCCCUGCAUCCUAUUGAUACCGGCUGCAUGGAUUGACACUUGGGCUCGGCCUUGUGUCAUGGAAAGUCAGACGUAGAAGAAAUACAGGGACAAAGUAGUCCCUAUCAUGUCUCUGUAAAUCUCUUGACUGGGUUGCAAUUUCAGUGAAAUUCAAACAGUCAUAAUGAGGCUUUAUACUCCUUUUUUAGGGGAGGAAAGGGUUACUGUCGCAAAAAAACCACAAAAAAAAAAACCCCUGCAAUAGAUUUCAACACCGGAGUAUGAUACAGUUUGCUGAACACCUGACCAUUAUACCAACAGGGACUUUUAUGACAUUACAUUCUAAAUACAUAGACAUUAAUAUAUACUAGGCCCCCCUUUGCAGCUAAAUAAGCCUCCAUUCUUCUGGGAAGACAUUCACACACCGUUCCCACAACUAAUAUUGGCACCCUUUAGUAAAUGUGAGCAAGAAAACCUGUGAAAAAAUUGCCUUUACUAUUUAACAUUUUGUUUAAUACACACACAUACUCUGCUGUCAUGGCUAUCAAACCAUUGCAAACGCAACACAGGUUUAUUAGAAAAAUAAAUAAAUCUUUGAAUAUGUGUAGCAUAAUUAUUGGCACCCCUACAACUCUUAUGAGAGGGAGGGGUGUGUGUGUAUGUGUAUAUAUGUAUAUGUAUAUGUAUAUGUAUGUGUAUAUAUGUGUGUGUAUAUAUAUAUAAUCUACACAAGAUCCAGCGCACUCACCUAUCCACUAAACAGCAACUUCAAUGUUGAAAGAUUUUAUUUGUUUUUUUUAAAACACCUAAUCUAGGCAAAAAUAAUGGGGGUUUAGUUACAUUAUAUGAUCAUACAUUGCAUAAGCCUGCCACAACGUCAAUGUACCCCAUCUUUGGCAGGUCCUACACUAACAGCCUAAUGUCUGCUCUUAUGAGAUUAACCUACUUGGGGAAAGAAAUUCCAUCUGGGGCUCUCUGCAGUACAAGGCUAAAUAGGGCCCUGGGAUGAGGCACCUGUGACAGGGAGGGGUGCAAAACCAAGGAGUUGGCUAGACUCCCAAAUAUAUAUAAAACAAGAGGGGGUUGGCUGCACUCACCUUAACAUGCAUAAAUGGGGGUGCUGCUGGGGGCCAAAUAAUACAAUACACAAGAUCCAGCGCACUCACCUAUCCACUAAACAGCAACUUCAAUGUUGAAAGAUUUUUUUUUUUUUUUUAAAACACCUAAUCUAGGCAAAAAUAAUGGGGGUUUAGUUACAUUAUAUGAUCAUACAUUGCAUAAGCCUGCCACAACGUCAAUGUACCCCAUCUUUGGCAGGAGCAGCACCCCCGUUUAUGCAUGUUAAGGUGAGUGCAGCCAACCCCCUCUUGUUUUUAUAUAUAUAUAUAUAUAUAUAUAUAUAUAUAUAUAAUGUGUGUGUGUGUGUGUACAUACCCAUUAAUAUUUUUGUUCAACCAUUACUUUCUAAUUUUACAGGGGUAUAAAUAUGAGGUAACAAAUAGGCAACAUUCCUUUUAGUAAUUCAUCACAAUGGGUAAGACCAAAGGAUAAAGCUGUGGAUUGCGGCAAUAGGUUGUUGAGCGUCACAAAAUGGCAAGUGGCUGUAAGAAAAUAGCAAAAGCAUUGAAAAUAACCAAUUUCCACAAUAAGGGCAAUAAUGAAGCCGUUUCAUUAAAAUGUAAUGUUCUGAAUCAACCUGGAAGAGAACUGCAGAAGUUAAUUGUUUUUUGGGGAACAGAAAGUCUCCAGUUUGACAUACACAGAGAGGUAGCCAUAUGGAAAAGUACUGAAACACAAAGUGUCAUGUAUUGCUUUAGAUUAGAGUACUCAACAGAUAGCUGCUGAUCACAGGAGGAUCAUGGGACGUUCGAUUCUCGGACUAUACUUAAGGACCACAAUGUUAAUCCUCUUAUUGCACUAUAUAAAAAGAAGGGAGGGAUUUAUUAAAUUGCUAGAAUCAAUGGAACAAGACUCUCAUGUUACCUCCUUCACUAAAUGGGAACAAGAUAUUGGGGAAUCCUUUCCACUUCUGGAAUGGACUAAAGCUACACUCCUAGUUAAGUGCUGUAUCAUAGCGUCUCUCUCUAUGAAACACAUUUAAAGAUAAUACAUAGAGGGUAUAUGGUACUGGCUAGACUCUAUAAAAUAUCUGUAUAUUCUAGGAAUUGUUGAUGCGGAAAUGAGUAGGGCACUAUUUAUCAUAUAUGCUUGGUCUUGUUAAUUCUAUUUUCAAGGAGAUAAAAGAAAUUAGCCCUCAACUUUUCCUCUUUAACAUUUGGUUUUCCUUCGCAAGAUAAAUAUCAAAAAUAUCUUUUGACCCAUAUAUUUUUUUGCCAUUAAAAUAUGUAUAGCUAGGGCAUGGAAUUCUUCUUCUAUCCCAUUAAUAUGGCAUAAUAUUAUGGAGCAAAUAGAUUAUCAGCACAGGAUGGAAUCCAACCCCUUCUUUGGCAUUAGAGAUGUGGCCAAAUUAUGGUUACCCUGGACAAAUAGACAGUAUAUAAGACAACAAACUGAUCCCUUUUGAAGCCCCAUGUCGAGUCUCAGAAAUUUAAUUUAUUUCCAUUAUAAUUCCUUUUUUUUUUUAAUUUUUUUUUUUGAGUAUGUCUAUCAAUGUAACAGCUAUACCAUGGAAAUCUUUGGUGUGAAUUCUUUUUGAUAGCGGUUGGCAUUGGACAAAUGUAGCGUGAUUUGAAGGAUACACGGUGCGUACAAUGGUUUUCACUGAAACGUUGUAUUCUAUGUGGAAAUUUUCGGUGUUUAAUGCUACACAGUGCUUAUAUUAUAAUAUACUGCCAGUAUGUCCUUGCUUAAAGCAAGUUAUAUUGAUGGAUUUUUUUUUUCUUUCUUUCUUUUGGUUUAUUUUGUCUUUUCUUUCCUUUUUUGUUCUUUUUAAGUUAAUGCUAUAAAUUGAAUAAAUUUAAAAGCUGAUGCUCUAAUAUUUAAAAAAAAACAAAAACAAAACAGGGCCAUGGUUGGGUCUUUCAGCAGGGCGAUCCAAAACACAUCAAAAUCGGCAUGAAAAUGGUUUACUGACCACAAAAUCCUGCCUUGGCCAUCCCAGUAGUCCCCUGAUUGGAACCACAUAGACUACCUCUGGAGUGAACUGAAGAGGAGAGUGUUGACCUCGAAAUUUGAAGGAUCUGCAGAGAUUUUGUAUGGAGGAAUGGUCUCGGCUGCUUUGCCAUAUCAUCAGGCAUUAUAGUAGAAGAUUGGGGUACAGAUUACCGGGAGUCUUACACAAGUGUUAGUAACUACAAAUACAGCUGUUAAUAUUGCUGAACUAAAGUUUUAGGCUCACACGUCCCAUCAGUCCUGCGAAAGAUGCCACAACAGGACUGGAAAGAGGAUACUGGAUGCCAGCCAUCAGAUUUCUAGAAUGUCACAUGAAACUGAUUUAUUUUGUAAAAUGAUUAAAAGCAUUUAUACAGCGCCAACUUAUUCCACAGCGCUUUACUAUAUAACGUUGGAUAUUUAACCAUAAAUGUUACAAGAACAAUAGGUUGAUGAGGAUCCUGCUCCUACAAUCUAGAGGUAAUACCCCCUUCCUCCUCCACCAGUUUUGUCUUAUUACACUCUGACAGUAGAAAUGGAUUUUCUACUGAUCUGGAACUGGACAGGCUUAGACCCAAGAAAGUUUUCAAUUUGCGCUGUCAAGAUCCUUGUGCAACAAGCUUACUGCUGCUGAAAGCCAGUGGAAACCUAGUGAACUGGGAAGGGGAGGGUGGCAUGUAACUGCAGAGGAUAGUGAUAGAAAGUGUGACAGUGUAUAAUUUUUUUUCUUGAGAAUUUUAUGUAUGCGUACUUGAGAUCAUGGCAAAGGGAGGUAGCGCAAAUGUAUUUUUGAGAAGCUUUGAACUGGACAUUUUUCUCUGUGAGGAAAAAUUUGAUUGAACAAUGCCCAGAACGAAGUAAUGAGUGGGGUAAAAGAGGCCCCGUUCUGCAAGAGCCUUCGUUUUAGAGAAUGGAAAGGUAGAGAGGCAGGGUGAUUCGGUGCUGGAACACAGUCUUUGGGGUUAUACCAUCUGAGAACAGUUUCACCCCUUAUCAUUUUAUUUAUAAAGAGUCAACAAAUUCCCCAGUGCUGUACGACAGGACGACUUAACAGACAAAUAUUUGUAACUAGACAAUUUGGACACACAGGAACAGAGGGGGUUGAGGGCCCUACUCAAAUGAGUUUUCUAUGCUUAAGGAGUGUAUUUAACUAGGAACAGGGACAAUACAAGAUGGCAUUGUGUGGUACUUCUAGUGUCUCCAGACUUUGUUUCACUUGCUGCUUGGACUUUCAAUACAAAGCAUGAACAAUCAAUGGGAUUUACACAAACUCUGGUCUUGUUCACAUGCAACAUGCAGCCACAUCUAUCUGUAAAAUCUGCAUGGUCCUCUAUUGUAGUUCGUUUACUUCAAAAAUAGACGUUUUGCAGUUAUGUAUUUAAUUUUUGUUGGCUAAUUUUUAUUUUUAUAGGACUUUUUUUUUUUUUAUAAAUUAUUUUUGUUUUAUGCAUCUCUCCCUACUUGGCACAUGCUUUCAUAUACUGUAUAUGAUGUUUUCUUCCUUGUGCUGGCUUGUUUCCUAGCUGCCUAAGUAUAUUGUUCUCCUUUGUCCAAGAUGUCUGCAGUUCUGUUUAGGAUGUUAGUGUUUGUAGACUUUUCCAUAAAAGGCUGAACUCUCUCAUUAAAGAUAGCUUUAUUCAGAGUUACAGUUGCUUGAAAAAAUUACACAAAAUGAUUUGUGAACUUUACUAUAGCGUGUUUUUUUUUUUUUGGUGGAGAUGCAUCAGCUUUCAAUUCAGUGGUUAGUGAAUAAAUUCAUAGGUGUGUUUAGAUCUCUUGCUAGAUGUUCUUGUUUAUGGCUCCAUUCCUUGCUAAACUCUAGAGACUGUAGUGUACCUAUCCCAGGAGGUCAGAAGCUAGAUUCAUCAUGUCUGGAACCAAACAUUAUACUACUGCCAGUUGCUUAGAUCAUGUCUACUUCUAUUUUCUAGUUUGGUCAAACAAAACCACUUAACCAUGUUUGUGGGCUAUGGGUAUAGCAUGUCCAAUAAAAUGACCAUAGCGCCCGUUUAUAUGCUUUGCUCUUACAUAGGCCUUGAUUUAAAGGACCACUAUAGGCACCCAGACCACUUCAGCUCAAUGAAGUGGUCUGGGUGCUAGGUCCAUCUAGGAUUAACCCUUUCUGCUGUAAACAUAGCGGUUUCAGAGAAACUGCUGUUUACCUAUGGGUUAAUCCAGCCUCUAGUGGCUGUCUCAUUGACCGCUGCUAGAGGCGCUUCCACGCUUCUCACUGUGGUUUUCACAGUGAGAAGACGCCAGCGUCCAUAGGAAAGCAUUGAAGAUGUGUGCUGGCUGAAUGCGCGCACAGCUAAUGCCGCGCAUUCAGCUGAUGAAUGGGGAAAGGAGGAGGAGAGUCCCUGGCGCUGGGAAAAAAGGUAAGGGAUUAACCCCUUCCUCACCGUAGAGCCCGGAGUGAGGGGGACCCAAAGACCCUAUAGAGCCAGGAAAAUGGGUGUUUUCCUGGCACUAUAGUGGUCCUUUAAUUUAGUUUGAAUCAGAAUUCAAAAUGAUUUCACUAUGUUAAAAAAACAAAAAAGCAACUUUCUAAUGUUUUAUCUACAAAUAAUCCCAUGGAGUUUAACUGUAAAUUCUAUAGCUAAAAAACUAAACGGUCAAAUCACCUAGAACUUUUUGUUCAUUACUCCAAGAGGUACUUUUUCUUUUAAAUUUAUAAAUUGUUUUAGCUGUAGAAUGUGGCUUCACAUUCUAGUCUGUUCAACUUCUGCAUGACUUCAGACUUUGAAGUUCUAUCCUCAGACAUCACUGAUCUAAAAGGCAAUAUCAUUGGCAGGGAGGUUCAGUGUAUGUAGGCCUACACCAGUCAUAUUCUAUUCAUGAUUAAAAUACUACUUAUCCUGCAAAAACUGUCUGCGUUCCUGAACAAGCUUUCCUUGUAAAACCAUAUACCUGUCUAAAAUGUUUAGCUUAUGCUGGAUAGAGGUAUAGGACAUAGAAUGCCUCUGAUCAGUGACUUAAAAGAAAUCUAUAAUAUUGGGAAUACAAAGUUGUAUGCCUAGCACUAUAGUGCCCUCUGCCCCCCCGCCGCAUAUAAAGGGUUAAAAACAAUUUUAUUUACAAACCCGAUUCUAGUGCCAAUCUCACUCGGCGCUUUGCUACAGUUAUUGCCUAUAAGGUUUUUACUGACUCUGGAUGUCCUCCUUCAGAGUGUGAGGACGCCAGGCGAUCUAGAGUCUGCUAAGCUCCCGGAAAAGCCUCUGGUUUUUUACAUUGCAGGACUAAGGGGGACAGGGACAUUGCACCCAGACCACUUCAAUGAGAUGAAGUGGUCUGGGUGCCUAUAGUGUCCGUUUAACUCUUCAGAUGCGUAGAAAGUUAAUUUCACAUAAUGUCCAGCCACCUUUUGAUGGCCAAGCAGCAUGUAAAAUGUAUUCUUUUGAAUAUCCUUCAGUGUUCUGUAUAUUUCCCUUAACUUUCCUGCUGUCUGGGCAGGGAUAAGAUUAUAAGUGAAGAGGUUGUUACAAAGGGUGUGCAGUUUAACAUAUACGUGUGUACUAAUUUGUAUCAUUUCAGAUAUUGCAGCACAAUACUUUUUAUCCUGACUAUUCCAGAGUAAGCCUAGUAAUAUACUGUCAUUGGCUUAAAUGGUUGCUUGUUUAAGUGUUUUAUGGUGCAAGAAUUUCAAGAAAACCAUUUUUUUUUUGUUUUUUGUUUUUUUAAUUGUAACUUUUUUUUUUAUCCAAUGCUUAUCUAAGAGUAAUAGGCUCUCCCUCUGGCCAGAAUACUUACCAUUUUUGCCCAUCAUGAUCAUUGGACGUGCCUGACAACCAAGGCAGUCCCCCUUACAGCCAGUUAAGCUGAUCAGAGUAAUGUGAUCACAACUGCCAUCACACGACUUAGAUGGGUUGUCAGGCGGAUCCCCCAAUGCAUAAUAAAAUGUUAUAUUUAUGUACAAAUAAUGUGUGUGUAUAUGUACUUGUAAGACAUCGCUGAAUGCAAAUAUGAGCGUUUUAGAGCAGUAAACAUAUGGCAAUUGAUAUCCGUGAAAGUGCGGUUUGUGUGAAAAAUGCAAAAACAAAAUGUGAACACAAACUUUGGCCAGGGUUUGUGACUAAGUGGCUACUAACAAAGACUGGACAAUAACCCAUUUUGAAUACCCUGCACUGUCUACUUUUGCAAAUGGUAUGCCAUUCCUGGGUUGCCAUAUGAUCUCAAAGGCAACAUAGACCCGGCAAACCAAUCUGAAAUGGGCAAGUUCUUUAUUUGACCCUGUAACUUUCCAACCACCAUGAAACCUGUACAUGAGGGGCAUUGUUGUACUUAAGGGACAUCAGAGCAUACAAAUAUGUGUGUGUUAUUGCAGUAAAAGCUAUUAUGACAUUCACAGUUAAAAUGCCAUGUAGAACUUGUAAAAUAGCAAAAUGUUCUUAAUUUCUCACUUUAUAUUUUCUUUUGCCGCAAGCUAUUAACAGAGUAGGAUAUAAGACACACUAAAUUAAACAGAACAAGCAAUAAAGGAAGUUUAAACAUUAAGAUCUCUCUUAAAGGGAGUAUUUGAGGCAUAUGCAAGUCACACGCAGGGAGGUAUGACUAAGUGAUGUAACUCCUAAAAUGGUAGGUAAUUGAACAGGAAAACUGCAGAGACAUGAUCUGUACACCAAACCUACUUCAUUAGGCUAAAGUUGUUUUGGUGCCUAUAAUCUCCCUUUUUAAAGAGAUUCUAUAGUGUUAGGAAUUCAAAUCUGUAUUGGUAAAACUAGUGUCCUCUGGUACCCCCUCCCUACUCCCCAGCACAAAAAGGGUUAAACCCUUUAGUCACAUGAUUCCAGCGCCGAUGUCCUGCUUCCUCUGCUGUCAAUUGAUGGGGGGACCUAAUGCACACACGUGUUGCGAGCGCAUUAGACCUUCCCUAUAGGAAUGCAGUGCCUCAAUGUUUUUUUUUUCACAGACGCUGGGUGUCAUCAUGCCGAGCAUGAGGACGUUCAGCAUAGUUUAAGGGACUCAGCCACUGGAGGCAGUCUUAUUCCUGCAAGGUAAUUGCAGUUUCUCAAUAACGGCAGUGAUUUACAUUGCAGGACUUGGUGGGACAAGGACCCUACACCCAAGCUACUUAAAUGAGAUUAAGUGGUCUGGAUGCCUAUGGUGUUCCUUUUAAGGCUAUGUGCAUUCUUAAACCUAAAUGUAGAAUCCUGUAAUGUAAUAUAAAUAGUGACCCUAGUAUGUAUUUGUAAAAUGCAGUGGUAGUGGACCUUUAUUGAGCUGGUGUGCCAAGUCUUCUGAGCAGAUAAGGUAACUGGUCAAAAAGUGUCAAUACGAUUUUCCUUUCUUCUACUUGCCUCUUCUCCACUAAAGUGCUCAUGCCAGAAAGACCAGUUAGACAGUCACUUUUUUUUUUAAUUUUAUUUUUUGCUAUUCUACUGCAAGGGAUACAACAGACCUAUACUCCAAGGAAUUUAUGUAUAAAGUGGAAUUUAUUUUUUGUUGUUCAACUCUUUUUGCAUAUGCCUAUACCUAAAAUCCCCUGCAGUAGUAUCAUUGCAAAUGUGAGAUUUCUGUGGGAAAAUCAGUCUUAUGGCUUGUUUGGUGUGUGCAGAUCCGUAUUUAACAAUUGUUUUCUAUCCCUCCUUUCCCCGCACACCCUUGUAAUUAUUACAUCUUUUUAACAUGUGAUGCUGUUUGCUGCCAUUUAUUCAAACAGGCCUUUAAUUUUUCUUCAAAUGUUAUAUAUAUUUUCUUUAUUACUCUUCAGCUGCACCAAAUUUGAAGAUAAAAUGCCAGUAGGAUCAGGUGUUAUGUUUGGGUAAAACAGGAAUGCACAUUAACAGUAUUAUUUGUUUUACUCCAAACAAGUUUAACCCCUUAAGGACUGAACUGUUUUUGUUGUACAUUUGCGACCAGGCCUCUUUUUACACUUUUGUGGUGUUUGUGUUUAGCUGUAAUUUUCCGCUUUCUCAUUUACUGUUCCUAUACAAAUUAUAUAUUGUUUUUUUCAGACCAAAAAAGGCCUUCUUUACAUACCAUUAUUUAUAUAAUCUCAUGUAAUUUAAUUUAAAAAAAAAAUGGUGAAAAAUUGGUAAAAAUAUAUAUAUAUUUUUUUUACUUUUACUUGAAAAAUCUUUUUUACUCAUCUACAAAAGCGAAUAAAAAGAACUGCUAAAUAGAUUCAAAAUUUUGUCUUGAGUUUUAAAAUACCCAGUGUUUACAUGCUUUUUUGAUAUUUUUUACUGUUUUGAAUCACUAAUACUUGUGUUCAGCGAAGUCUCCCAAGUAAAACAGUACCCCACAUGUACAGGUUUUAGGGUGUCAUAGAAAGUUACAGGGUAAAAUAUAGUGCUAGCAAAUUAAAUUCUCUGGACUUUCGGCCUGGGUUGGCAGGCAGGUCCCUCAAAUUGCAAUUAAUAAAAUUACUUAAUUAUGUAAAAAUAUUACAUAAAUACGCACGUAGAAUUUAAAUAUAUAUGCAUAUUUAUAUAUUUGAAGUCUACGUUUAUAUUUAUAUAAUUAUGUGAUUUUGUAUAUGGACAUAUGUAUAUUUCGAGAUAGAUAUAUAUAUAUAUAUAUAUAUAUAUAUAUAUAUAUAUAUAUAUAUUCAAUUUCAUUAUGUGUAUUUUGAUAUAAAUAUAUAUUUUAAUAUCAAAAUACAGUUAGAAUAAAAUGUAAUCUACUUAUUUGUAUUUUAUUAAUAUAUAGUUAUUAUAUAUGUGUAAUUUAAUUAAGUGUAUUUUUAUAUUAUAUGUACAUAUUAAUAUAAAAAUACACUUAGUAUGACAUUAUAUAUGAUAUAUAGACAUAUAUUAUAUAGAUAUAGUGUGUGUGUGUAUGUAUAUAUGUAUAUAUAUAUAUAUAUAUAUAUAUAUAUAUAUAAAAAAUUUUAUUAUUAUUUUACACUUGCAGGGAGACUGCACAGGCAGUCACCCUGCAGGCAGACACAUGGACACCUAUUGUGACCAUGUGAUCGCUCUAUUGAGCAAUCACAGGGGUCCUACUCCACCAUGGGCAGACUGUAUGGGCUGCAGGCAGUCUCCCCACAACGGGAGCAUCGCCGCCGUGGGAACGACGGCGAUCAGGUAAGUACAUCUUACCGUUAGGACGGUUCAGGACCGUCAUCGGUCCUUAAGGGGUUAAACAUAUUCUGACUUUCAUGUCACAUCAGAAAUUGUGAUUUGUGCAGUGACGACUCUGCACUUUAAAAUGAAUUGAUAUACAGACUUCAUUACCCUUACUUUAUGAAAUACUCGUAUUGACUCACAGGUUUUAGCACUUUUGUUUUCCUAACAUUAUAGUGUUCCUUUAAAUUUAACAAGAUGGUGACAAAAAAUUGGUUUAAAUUACAAGUUUUGCUGCACCCCUAUAUCUUCAUGAAAACAGAAAAUACACACCUGCAAUAUUGCGUAACUUCAUACCUCAUGUGCUAAAUAUUUUGAUAAAAAUCAAAGAAUGACAUUGAACACAGUAAAGGAGUUUAAGCAUGCGUGGGAUAGGCAUAAGGCUAUCCUAACUAUAAGAUAAGGCUAGGGACUAAUGAAAGUAUUUAGAAAAUUGGGCAGACUAGAUGGGCCGAAUGGUUAUCUGCCGUCAUAUUCUAUGAAGACCAUGUUGAUUUGACAAGGAAGGGACCAGAAGUCUUCCAUUACUAUUGUUACAUAUUUUAAUUUUAUUAUAUGGUAAACUCUGACAGUUUCUGAAUUGCGAUUUUAUAUGAUUGUUCCCAUGAAGGAUGAGGUGUGAGAUGUGUAUGUAUAAAUGCAGGGCUUAAAAUUUUAAGCCCUACACCACUAGGAAGACUUUAAAAGUUACAUUCCACUACAAGCCUGGAGUGUUAAUAUCACAUUCAGUAAGGGUGAAUUUAUAUUUGCCAGGGCGACAUUUGUAUUGUUUUUACCCUAUCUACCUUUGCCUGCCUCCUCAAAAAUGAAAUAAAAAACUGAACUAUAAACCAUAGUUUACUGGUUGCAGUUAACCCAGCCUUCUUGCAACUUGCCACAAAUUAAAGGGACACUAUAAUCACCAAAACAACUGGCUUAAUGAAGCAGUUUUGAUGUAUGCCCCUGCAGCCUCACUCCUAAGUUAUCUGCCAUUUAGGAGUUAAAUCACUUUUAUGCAGUCCUAGUCACACCUCCUUGCAUGUGACUUGCACAGCAUUCCUAAACACUUCCUGUAAAGAGUCAUCUAAUAUUUAUACUUCCUUUAUUGCAAAUUCAGUUUAAUUUAGAAUUCCUGAUCUCCUACUCGGCUAUGUAACUAUGUAAUAGCUUGCUAGAACCUGCAGAAGACGUGUGUGGUUUUUUGAAGUUCAGUAUACACAGCAGGAGAUCAAAACUAGGGGUGUGGCUAGGGCUGCAUAAACAGAAACAAAAGUGACUUUAAUUCCUAAUGGCAGAGAAUUGAGCAGUGAAACUUCAGACAUGAUCUAUACACAAACUGCUUCAUUAAGCCAAUAUUAUUUUGGUGACUAUAGUGUCCCGUUAACUGCUUGCUGACAUUGACUUCAUAAACAAUCAUUCUGCUGUGCAACCAUUAGUGUUUCAGGAGAUUCCAAUAAGGAAGUGUAGUGUAUGUUUAAAAUCAGCUGGGUGUCCAUUAUUCACAGUGAUUUAAAAUCUCUUGUCUAAACAUGAGACUAGUAUCUUAAACUGUAGUUCCAGGGUCUACAAAAAUAGCACACGUGGGUGUGUUGUAACAGACCACACUUCCAUUGCUUGACCUUCAGCUUUUGGCAGACCAUUUGUAAAUGCUCACCACUGCACUGUACUAACAGGAACACUUUUUGUUAUCAUUUUCUAUGCAUUAAAACUUAAGCACUGCUACAAUAGCCAAAUAUGUUUGCCUCUCAACCCCUUCACUACCACUAUGAGUGUUACAAUUGGUAUGAUUGCAAAUAAACAUCAGUUAUCAUAUGUGAGAAGUGGAAUUUCUCUUGGGAAUACUAUUUUUUUUUUUAUCCUGUUAAAAACUUGCUGGACAGGAGCUUAUGGCAUAAGAACUGACCCCUCGACCAGAAUUGGAGUCGUCUUAUUGGUGAGGAAAGGAUCUGCUAGUUACUCACCAUUGCUACUCAAAUGUCAAUAGCGUUAGAAACCAAGUUUGUGUGUUUUUAUUUGAUCUUUGUGUGACAUGACAUGGGCUCACCAUGCAGUAGGAGAAACCUUUUGGUGUGUGUGGUUUUUUUUUUUUUUUCUCCUCCUUUCUCCUGUCUCACCAAGGCAUGCCUGGUAAGCUUUUUGAGUGCCACUGGAAUCCAUCCUACUCUCCCAUCUAUUCUUUCACUGCUGAGGUCUAUAUGUCCUUUUUUGUGUAUUUUUCCAAGAUCUUUUAUUUGUCACUAUAUUUGACUGUGAAAGCAAGUAGAAGAGAAAAGUAUGAAUUAUUUAAAAUUUAUUUUUGUGCUAAAUAUACUUUAAUGUUUCUUCAGAAUAGCAGCUCUUAAGCUGUAUGUCCUUUCCUCUUCAGGGCUGUUUGUAGCCAAUACAAGUAAAGCAGUGAUAUAUGUGCAUGAGAGUCAUUACUUCAGCACUCAGAGUACCUAUACUACAGAUCUGAAGCAAUGAAAGAAGCUCUGUGCAAAAAAACAUUUCUAUAAACUUAUUUUUUUGGUAAAGAUGAAUGCUUCCAUUAUGCUGCUUCAUAACCGGAACCUUUACACCAAUAUUAAGAUACCACAUGUUUCAUUUCUUGACGGAGUUGUCUCCUUUGAUUGUCAUAAUGGCACGAUAAACGCUACAACCUGUUGUUACCCUGGUGCUGUCCCAGUGUAAUUUGUCAAAUGGUUUUAGCUUGGUAAGACCACUUACCUGGGUACAGCCAGGUGCCCACUGCCGCAUUCGAUCCUCUGCUGUAGAAACCAGAUGUUUUAGUAGACGCAAGUAUGGCCAAUGCAGGACUCUGCUUGUUGGCUAGGAGUGCUCAGCUGACACUGGCCAGUGUGCAUGGUUCUGCUUAGUUUUGUAGAUCUAACUUGAUUUUCCUUAAGGAAAGGUUUGUAAGCAGGGACCUCAGGUGCCCAGUGGGACCCAGGUAAGUUGUCAAUCCAUACUAAAAUGAUAUGACAAUUUACCCUGGGGUGGUGUCAGGGCACUGCUAUUAAAUACAAAGAUUAACAAGCAAAGCCUUAUGUAUCAAUAUGUUUCAGAACUUUCCUCAUUCCCUCUUGGUCGUGUUUUUAAAUAUGUCUUCUCUUUUAACUUUUCACAGGUCUCUAAACGUCACCUUUUUUGACACUACCUUUUAAAUCAUGGUGGAAUACUAUUCUAUUUUAGGAGUUAAUAAGAACUCCUCGGCAGAUGACAUUAAAAAAGCGUAAGUUUUUUGUUGUACAUGUAUUUUUAAUGCAUGUUUAAUAUUGUGAUCCUGCUAUCAUGUAAUAGUGACCGCAUAUUCAUGUCUAUUGGUUACUUAACUCUGUGCUUUUUCUGCUGGUAUACAAAUUGGUUGCCAGGUUUAGCAGACUUAAAAUUUUAGAUUUAGUACCUUUAUUUAGCAGAUUAGGUCUUCCAUGUGUACUGAUGCUCCCUGCCAAACAUAGCUGUCCAGUGUUAAAACGUAGCUAUCGGGAUUACCCAUGACCUUCCCCAUCUGUCUCUUUUCUAACCAAAUCUUUUUCACAUGUCAUGUGGCCUGGAUACAAAUCCUCUCCAAGAAAAAAAUAAAAAUAAAUUAGUAAUAACAAAUUUCAUUUGUUUUGAAACUAUAAUUACUUUUUACUGUUUAGUGCAGCAUCACCUCAAAUAAUUCUAUUCAAAGGCACAACGUGGUUCAUACACUGAUUGCUUUUCAGUGUUCCUCCAAGGCUAGUCCACGAAGUCUGUCCGUUCCCUCUCAUAGCUGCAGUUAUUUGUCAUUCCAAGGACAUACUUGAAAACGAGAGAAAUCUCCAUGUACCCUUCCUGGUAAAAUAUUUGAUAAAUAAAAUUUCCUAUACUUUUUAACUUCCCUCCCAUGGUAGUGAGAAGCUCCAACAUUGUGUAGGUCCCCCUCAUGCUGCCAAAACAGCUCUGAUGUGUCGUGGCAUGGACUCUAGAAGACCUGAACAUGUCAUGUGAUUUAAAAAAAAAAACAAGACAACAGCGGAUCAUUUAAGUCCUGCAAGUUGCGAAGUGGGGCUUUCAAGGAUCACAUUUGUUGUUCCAGCACAUCCCACUUAUGCUCAAUCUGAUUAUAAUCUGGGCUAUUUGGAUGCCAAGACAACACCUUGAUUCUUUGUCAUGUUCUUCAAACCAUUACUUAUAAGUUUUUGCAGUGUGGCAGGGUGUAUUAUCCUGCUGCAAGAGGCCACUACCUUCAGGGAACACCAUUGCUAUGAAGGCUUGUACGUUGUCUACAAAAACUUCUAGGUAGGUGGUAUGUGUCAAAGACCCAAGGAAUCCCAGCAGAACAUUGCCCAGAGCAUAAGACUUCCUCCGCCGGUUUGCCUUCUUCCCAUAGUGAAUCCUGCUGCCAUCUCUUCUCCAGGUAAAUGUUGCACACACUCUAGCCAUCAACCUGAUCUUAAAGAAAAUGUGAGAAUGUCAUCAGACCAGGCAACCUUCUUCCAUUGUUCCAUGGUCCUGUUCUGGCACUCACAUCUGCGGUCAUGGGCACUCUGACUGGUCUGCAGCUACGUAGCCAUGUAUGAAGCAAACUGAGAUGCACUGUGUGUUCUGACACCUCUCUAUCAUGGUCAGCAUUAACUUUUUUUUCCAGCAAUUUGAGCUACAGUAGCUCCUCUGUGUGAAUGGACUAGAUGGGUUAACCUUGGCUCUCAUGACCAUGGCACCAGUUCACCAGUCUUUCCUUGAAACAUUUUUCCUGUAACCCCUUACAAGAUUUGCCUUUUUGGAGUUGUUCUAACCCCGUCGUCUAGCCAUCACUAUUUGACUCUUGCCAAAGUUGCUCAGAUCUUUUCACAUGACCAUUUUGUUCCUGUUUAUACAUGAAAUUCAAGAACUGACUGUUCAUUCGCUACCUAAGAUACCCAUUGACAGGUGCCAUUGUAAUGAUAUAAUCAAUAUUUUUCCCUUCACUUGCUAGUGGUUUUAAUGCGGCUGUCCUUGUAAGUUUAUACUGCCAUUUCAUGAUUGCCUAUAGAGAACCCAGAAGGUAUUCUCCAUACUUUGUAGCCUAAUAUGAGAUUGCUUCAGUUUUACAAUGUUGUUAAAGACGUGAUGCUCCUACAGAUGCAGUGCCAUUUAUUUCUCUUUACCUAUCCCAACUCAUCACAUGUUAUUUGCAUUCAUCACACUUACCCCUAAGGGUUAACCCAGCAAUAUUAAGCUGUAAAGAUUGAUAAAACAUAUAUAGUGUAAUAUGGUAUGGAGUAUAUAAAAGGUGCAGAAUCACAAUGGGCACACUCACCUGGAAAAGAGCCACUUGGGACAGGCUCAGAUCACAACAGCUUGUGUGUACUCAGGUGACAGUAGACCACUAGAUCUCCACAAUCACAACUAGUGGUGGAAUAUAUAUUUUAUCACAAAGUUUGUAACAAUUUUAUAUUACAAAUAGUAUUGAUUUUCUGUUCCCCAUGCAGUCAUAUAUUAAGGGUUGGCUUGUUUGUUUUGACAGUUUAUAAAGACUUAUUUUAAUGGGCUCCUAUCUAAUCUCUUGUUAUCCCUACUGCAGAUACCGCAAGCUAGCCCUAAAGUGGCAUCCAGAUAAAAAUCCAGACAAUAAGGACGAAGCUGAGAGGCGUUUUAAAGAAGUUGCGGAAGCAUAUGAAGUAUUAUCCGAUGGUGCGUAUGGCAGAUGUCUGUCUGACUUUACAAGGAAAAUGUAUAAUUUGUUUUUCUGAAAGUAAAGCAUUUCAUGUAAUAGCUUUAUAAUGUAAUAUUCUGAAGUUUAAUAUUUUUUUCAGUGCAUCUUCUUACUUUGCGCUGCUCCAUGGGGUCUGCCAUUUAUAGCCCUUUUUUUCUGGAAACUUUAUCUACUGAAACCAUACCCAAAGGAUAUAUUCAUCUUUAUACUAUUGUAGCCAUCUAGUCAUGUUAAAUAGCAUGAGGGUCUUCCUGACCAGAGUGCACGUAAUGGAAGUGGGGCAUGAUUGUCAGUAUCCCACUGUAUCGUGAAAUGUCAUACAGUAAGCUUAAAAGCAUGCACUAGACUUGCAGUGAUGGCUAACAUUGAUACCAUAAAUUGUUUCUGGACUAUAUUUCCCUUGAUGGUCCGCUAGCUUUUAGACUCUAUAUGUAAAUGUAGUCCAGAAACUAUUUAUGGUGUCAAGGUUAGCUAUCACUGCACUAGAGCUUACCCUUUCAUAUUAACCCCUUAAGGACCAAACUUCUGGAAUAAAAGGAAAUCAUGACAUGUCCCACAUGUCAGGUGUUGUUAAGGGGUUAAACACAAAUUUUUUUUUUUUUUAAUUUAUUUUUUUUAAAUAAUCCAUGAAAACAAAAUGUUUUUUAAUAUUUAUAACCAUAUAUCUGUGUGUGUCUGUGUGUGUAUGUGUAUAUAUAUAUGUGUGUGUGUGUGUAUGUGUAUGUAUAUAUAUAUAUAUAUAUAUAUAUAUAUAUAUAUAUAUAUAUAUAUAUAUAUAUAUAUAUAUAUAUAUAUAUAUAUAUAUAUAUAAAAAUAUACAUACACCGUAUAAGCCGAGUUUUUCGGCACAUUUUUUGUGCUGAAAAACCCCAACUCGGCUUAUACUCGAGUCACUGUCUGUAUUAUGGCAACUUACAAUGCCAUAAUACAGACUGGGGGCUGGCAGAGCUGUUACUUACCUCUCCUGUCAGCUCCCUCCUCUCUCUCUCCUCCUCCGCGCCGGUCCGGUCAGCACCUCGGUCAGCUCCCAGUGUAAGUCUCGCGAGAGCCGCGGGGUCAUAGUGCGGCUCUCGCGAGACUUACAGUGUGAGCUGAGAGAAGAGCUGCACGGACCGGCGCGGAGGAGGAGAGAGCUGACAGGAGCUGCAGGAGAGGUAAGUAACAGCUCUGCCAGCCCCCCUCCUCCCCCCACUGAACUGCCAAUGCCACUGGACCACCAGGGAAGGAGAGCCCCCCUCCCUGCCAUGUAUCAAGCAGGGAGGGGGGACAACAAAUAAAUAAAUAAAAAAAUAAUAACAAAAUAUUAAAACAAAAAAAUUAAAAUAGUUUUAAAAAAAAUAAUAAAAAUGCCCACCCCCCACCAAGGCUCUGCAACACACACAAACACACUGCACUCAUACGCACACACACUGCACUCAUACGCACACACACUGCACUCAUACGCACACACACUGCACUCAUACGCACACACACUGCAAAUAAAUAUUCAAUUAAUAUAAUUUUUUUAGGAUCUAAUUUUAUUUAGAAAUUUACCAGUAGCUGCAUUUCCCACCCUAGUCUUAUACUCGGGUCAAUAAGUUUUCCCAGUUUUUUGGGGUAAAAUUAGGGGCCUCGGCUUAUACUCGAGUAUAUACUGUGUGUGUGUGUGUGUGUGUGUGUAUGUGUGUGUGUAUAUGUGUGUGUGUGUGUAUAUAUAUAUAUAUAUAUAUAUAUAAUUUUUUUUUUUUUUUUUCCUCUCCCAUAUUCUGCUUACAAACUGUAAUACAUUGUUUGUAACUGUUUUAAAUGUGUUUACAUUUUCUUUCUAUUUCUCCCUUAAUUUAUAUAAAACUACAAUGCAUUUGUAUGUAUUUUGGUUUUGUAGCAAGUUUGAUGACUUCCAACCCCAAAUCCCCCAUGUAAAUAUCUUACUGGAGUAUCACUUUAAUAUAGAAAAGCUUUAUUAUGAUGCACAGAGAUGCUUGAUUAUUCCUUAACACCUUUUACUUAUGAAUGAAAACAAAAGUCUGGAUUCUGCCCAAAAAUAUAAAUAUCUAAAUUUCAAAACAAUGAAAAUGAGACCUUUUGGCUCUUGUAAUAACUGAUAUGUCCGUCGUCUUGGAAAGCACUCUCUAUACUAUUUAUAGCAAGAGCGUGUCUGUGUUCUGCUGCAAAGCAGUGAGAAGGUCCAAAAAUAGCCAUGCAAAAUGAACUCUAGCACAUCUAAAGUCCAACUGCCUGCAUUAAAACUAACCCUGGGUAAACUGCAUUGUUGGUGCACAUAAAUAAUUUUUCAUUGUUCUUCCCUGUUGCAGCUAAAAAGAGGGAUAUCUAUGACCGAUAUGGAAAGGAAGGAUUAACAAACAACGGAGGUGGUGGUGGUGGUGGUAAGUGGCUGUGCAAAUACUUUAAUUUAAAAUUGUUUUGUUUUAAAUUCUCAUUCCUUUUGUGGAACCAGUAAGGUUUGGGUUUUUAUGGUGUUAGAGUCUAGCAAUUCUUAGUGUUUUAUUUUUUUCUUUAUUCUCCCUUUCAGUUAUACUUUUAUAUUUAAAUACAGCUGUGUAUUUUUAGAUUUUUAUUUACUUUUAAAACAUUUGUAUUGAUUUUUUUAUUUUAUUUAAAAAUGUGGAAACGAAAGUAUAAGGCUCCUAAAGGGUGAAGAAGACUGUAAAGUUAGAAGAGGUGGUGUCAGUGAAGGUCAUCUAGGUGUGUAGAACUUGUCUCAAAUCUUAACGGUAUACUUAAGGACUAUAGUGUAAGAAUAGCCAAGUAAGUUAACUAGAAUCGAACUGCUUGCAAAGUGAACACAUCUAGUUUAAAUCACUGGUCUCAAACAUCAGCCACCAAUUUUUUAAAUGUUGCAUAAGAGCUUAGGGUCCAUACUGGUUUUAACUGAUUAAAACUUUGCCCUGUUACUUAUAUACUUCAAUUUACUAAUUUUUAUUUUUCAGGUGGAAGUCAUUUUGACAAUCCGUUUGAAUUUGGAUUCACAUUCCGUAGUCCUGAUGAUGUCUUCAGGGAAUUUUUUGGAGGAAGAGAUCCAUUUUCAUUUGACUUAUUUGGUACAGUAUUGUCUCUAUUUUGUAAAAUUUUGCGCUAUAUAAAAAAUAAUUAUAUUGUUACAAUGGUACCUGUCAAGGGGGUGGUAUAUAUUAAACAGUAAGUGAACAGUAAGCUUUUAAAUUUCAUGUGUUCAAAGCAGGAAAAAUGGGCAAGUGAAGACAUAUGCGACUUUCACAAGGAUUGCAUGGAGACACAUUGCCCAUCAAUAAUUAUACCAUUACUAUAUCUAUAUAUCAAAACCAAUCUACUAUAGUUUAACAAGUGCAUUCUUAUUUAAAUUAAAUCAAAUGCCAUUAAUGUUUGAGCAGCAUCUAUCCAUAUAUCAUUGUCAAAACUUGUUUGCAAUGUCACCAACAAAUUUAAAAUUAUAAUAAAAAUAAAAAAAUGAUCCAACAGGAAAUAUACUUGUAUGUAUGUUUAUAGAUGAAAUGUAUGGUGACUCUGAAAAUGUAACACAAUUCUAUAUGGGAUACAUGGUGCUCAGGAAAAAGAAGCCAUUGUUUAACUAUUGUAUAGUAAUGAUGACUAACGAGGAAUGUGUCUCCAUGUAAUGUUCUAUACACACGAUGUGUGUGUUUAAUUAUAAAAUGCAUUUAUGUGCCUUUAAGUGGAGCAGAGGAACAGAUCCAAUUAACUUUGUGAUGGACUUGAAAGCCCAGAAUUUUCCGUAUAAUUGUGGAACUUCAGCAUGAGUUUACUAUAUACUCAGAAGUUAUUUAGUAGACUAGGUCUUGCGUAUACUGUUCCAUAGAGGAUCUGCGACUGGCUCCUGUAAUAGGAUUUGGUGCACUGCCAGCAAAUGGACUCUUCAUCAAGUCACUGGCUUGAGGCUGGCUGCUUAUUAUAGAGUGCUUUCUGCAUUGUCAUUUUACUUUUCAGAUUUACUGUCUGUGUUUUAUGUCCACUUUAAUCCCUUAUAUCAUGUACUGUGGUUUUUUUUUUUCUUGUAACAAAAUCUUGAAUUAUUUUUCUGCAUAGAUUAGCACUACCUAAUUUAUUUGUGUUUUUUUUUUACACAGUUUAGUGAGGUUUAACAGUUUUUCUAACAAUGGUUUCAAGUGUUCUAUUUUCAAAUCUCAUUUUUCAAUUUCGUUUAUAUUCUAUAUAAUUUUUUUUGACAAAUGCCAAAUAGUGAUAGCUAGACAACUGGGUCAGAGCACCUCCAAAACUGCAAGUCUUGUGGGGUUUUUCUGGGAUGCAGGGAUUAGUACCUACCAAAAGUGGUGCUAGGAAAGACAACCGGUUAAACAGUGUCCAGGUCCUCUGCGCCCAAAGGCUCAUUGAGGCACAUGGGGAUUGAAUGUCACACAAGGAAAAGGGAUGCGCCGCUUAAAAUCACCAUAACAAAAUUUAUUUUUCUUGUGACAUUCUUUUAGAUUUUCUAAAGGGUUGAGGGAUACCCUUUUAGGGUUGCUGCCUUUUGUUUACUAUUUGGUUAUUUAGUGCUGGCCAAUUUGUGUGUUUUUAACAUGGGGAAUGUAGACUAGCAGUCGGGUCCGAUCACACAGAAAAGCUAAGCUAGCUGAAAACCUUAAUGCUGGCCAUGAUUGAACACACUUUGCAUUCCAGUUUGCAGUGGGUGGAGCUGCAUAGCCACAGGCCAUCAGAGUGCUAAUGAUGACCCCCGUCCACCGCCGCACUUGCAAUGGGGACGUGAGCAUCUGAACUGGACAAUGGAGUAAUGGAAGAUGGUUGCCUGGUCCGGUGUAUCACGGUGGAUGGCAGGGUGCAUGUGUGUCACUAACCUAGGGUAGAGAUGGCAGCAGGAUACACUAUGGGGGAAAAAAGCAGGCUGGCAGAGGCACUGUCAUGCUCUGGGCAAUGUUCUUCUGGGUCCUGUCCUUGGGUCCUGGCAUCCAUGUUGAUGUUACUUUGCCACAUAUCACCUACCUACAGAUUCUUGCAGACCAUGUAAACAUUCUUGGCUAUUGUACUCACUGAUGGCAUUGGCCUCUUUCAGCAGGAUAAUGCACCAUACAACCCUUUACAAACUGUUCAGGAAUUGUUUGAGGAACAUGCCAAAGAGUUCAGGUGUUGCCUUGUCCUCCAAUUUCCCCAGAUAUGAUGUGCUGGACCAACAAAUCUGAUUUAUGGAGGUCCCACCUUGCUAUUUGCAGGGCUUAAAUGUCUGCUGCUAUUGUUUUGGUUCCAGAUACAACAGGAGACAAUCAGAGGUCUUUUUGAAGCCUAUGCCUCAAAAUACCAGCAAUGUUUUUGCAGCACGAGGGGGAACUACAUGAUGUUCUAAAGGGGGCUUCAAUGUUGUGGUUGAUUAGUGUAUGUUGACAUUUCCAAUUGAGGAAAAAAUUGAUCACCAAAACUAUAUGAAAUCUUUUUGUAAUUCUAAAAAUUGUGACUUGCAUUUUAGUAGUCUAAGCUGUUUAAACGAACACUCCAGGCAUCAUAACUAUAUCGGAAUGAAGUUCUAGUGAGAGGAGGUCCCUUUGAGAACGGUUUAACCUCUUAUGGCAAGAGUGCUUGAGGGCCUCCUGGCACCAUUUCUUCAUUUAGAAGAUGUUGUAUGGUGACCAAGCAGUUUGCCUCCAGGGCCUAUCUCCAGCUCUCCCAGGAGGCAUAUGGCUUUUGAAUCUUAAGUUAUAGGAAGCGUAGAGUGCUGUUGAGGCGCCACUGAUUGGCUACAGUGAUCAGCUGGCGUUCUAAGUCAAUCGGUAGCUUCCCAUUAAGUGCUUAAAAAAAAAAAUGUAAAAAAAUGUGCCUUUAUUUUUUAAAAUAACAUCUUGCCAGAUAAGCUUACCUUUUAAUCGUUUUUCUGUGGCUAUUAAAAGGUCUGUAAUUUAACUGUGCACAGGGAUUUGGGAUUAUGUGCAAAUAACCUUAUUUUUGUAUUGCUUGUUUCGGCUGAAAAAUACUGUAGCCAUUUCUGACUCCCAAAUACGAGCAGUUCUUUGUGUGGGUUUUUUUUUUUUUUUUGGGAAUAGAUUGUCCUUAAAGUGGCACUCCUAAACGUCAUGACUACUGCAGCUCUCUGUACUGGGCAGGCAGCCUUUAGUUCCCUGCCAUCUGCCUGACAACAAAGUACCAUUUUCAUAUCUGAUCUAGUGAUAAUGUAUGAUUAACUGCAUUUUUCAUGUCGAUUUUGUCGACAGACUCAGAUUUGACUGCAUAUGCUGACUUUUUUCGUGUGUGUGUAUGAUAUAUCUUUAAUCAUUUGCUAGAUUAUGCAGUUUUACUAGUGCAAGUUCAUGGCAUCACCUUGCUGUGUGAGCAACAGGUGCGUUAAAAUAUCAAUCUACUUCUCCCACAGCUAGUCCUCUUACUUCAACACUUAUUUACAUGGUAACAGAAUUAAAGGGACACUAUAGUAAUCUGAACAACUUUAGCUUAAUGAAGCAGUUUUGGUGUAUAGAACAUGCCCCUGCAGCCUCACUGCUCAAUCCUCUGCCAUUUAGGAGUUAAAUGCCUUUGUUUAUGAACCAUAGUCACACCUCCCAGCAUGUGACUUGCACAGCCUUCGAUAAACACUUCCUGUAAAGAGAGCCCUAUUUAGGCUUUCUUUAUUGCAAGUUCUGUUUUAAUUAAGAUUUUCUUAUCCCCUGCUAUGUUAAUAGCUCGCUAGACCCUGCAAGAGCCUCCUGUAUGUGAUUAAAGUUCAAUUUAGAGAUUGAGAUACAAUUAAGGUAAAUUACAUCUGUUUGAAAGUGAAACCAGUUUUUUUUAUUUUUCAUGCAGGCUCUGUCAAUCAUAACCAGGGGAGGUGUGGCUAGGGCUGCAUAAACAGAAACAAAGUAAUUUAACUCCUAAAUGACAGUGAAUUGAGCAGUGAAAUUGCAGGGGAAUGAUAUAUACACUAAAACUGCUUUUAUUUAGCCAAAAUAAUUUAGGUGACUAUAGUGUUCCUUUAAUUUUUUCCCAAAAUGUUGUACAAGGUUUCUGUUCUAAACCACUACACAAUGGUUUAUAUACUCAACUGUUCCUGAAACCGAUAUAUGUGUGUGUGUGUGUAUAUUAGUGCCUCAGGAGUCCAUCCUGCCACCUCUGGACCAGUAUGAGAACCACGACACAGUGUCCACUAACACAUGUGACCAGGGUAGUACCCCGGGUCAGAUCCUGUGGAGGGUGCUCUCUCAGGUAUGUGGGCGGUGUUCAGGCCGAAGCCCCUUCUGGGUUCCCAGAUCAGAAUGCGAGGACUCCACUUCUUUCUCAGGGAUCGCCUGCUAGGUGCUGCCCUUAUCUGAAGACUGUGCAAGGAUUGCUCACAUAUUUUAUCAAAGCAUGCGCAGAAGGCCUCUCUCCAAGCCUCCAGCGGGGUUGCCACUGACUGCUGUGGCAGUACGGGGGUCGCCACUAUCUUGAGGUCUGGUGAUUUUCCACCACUGCCUUGCGAGAGUGAGCCAGAGGGCAAGCCGGUCGGCCGUCCCAGCCAGAAACAUACUAGGCCGUGGUUUCACAGGUCCGGAGCUCUGUUGCAGCUAAUUGCCAGAUCGCACCAACUGAUGCCCAGAGCAUCCCAGACACGCUCCGACGGGCUCAAGAACAGUUUGCGCCACUUUUUGUUUGACUGUUUACCUGCCUCGUCUUUCUCUCUCCCUCCCCCUUCCAGUUUUUGCUUUCUCCUCCUGUCGCUGUCCUAUUUACAGUGUGGGGUCUAGGGGUAUGUUGAGUCCUGUGUGUCUUUGUCUUCCCCUCUUUCUUCCUAUCUGUUUGUAGUAUUCUUUUUGGGAUUCUUCCAGGUCUCACGGGGGGGAGGGGGGGUGCAGUGUUUGGGGUAGUCUGGUCUGUAUGUGUUUGUCAAGAUGGGUAGCUAUGGUCAUGUCUUUGGUGUGGGGAGCCAAGGUGCUCCGCCUUCUGGGUGGCAGGGUCCUUGUUCGGUUAGUCUCCCACUCCCUAUUGAUUGUCUGUUGUGGCCUCCCUUAGCAUGGUUUGGAGAGCCCCGAUGGCGAGAGGGGCCGAGGGUGCUGGUGUACGGGCGCCCCCUUCUAAGUCAGAUCCCUGGUCAUCCUCGUGGUCGGAUUGGGUAGGCCUCUGUGUCUCUCCUGGAGUGCGGAAUAGCGUUGCUACCGAUGGCGGGAGCUCUUUUUUUUUUUUUUUAAACCCCCGAUUGUCGUAGUCGUGAGGCUCGGUUUUGGUUUUCUUUUAGUGCUGUGUUUAGGGGUUUCGGAACAAUGGGUGAUGCGGAUGGUGGCUGAUUUAGUGCUUAGGGGAGAGGGAGCUGCGGGAUUACGCGUCCAUCUUCCUCCGAGGUUAGGCUCUGUCCCCCUUCACCUGUAUAGUUUAAUGGCAUCUAUAACAUAGACCGGGUUACACUGAAGAGCAACAACUUAAAUUUUAUGGAAGUAUCCAGGCACACAAGCAGAGUUGUGGUGAUACGUCUACUUUCUAGAUAGCUACCUCAUUGUAGUUGCUUUUUCUGCAACCUAUUGUUACACGUCUGUAUGUGUGGUUUUUUUUUUUUAUGUUUUGCAGAAUUUCUAGUGAUGUUUGCUUUUAAUGACUUUUCCAUGUUAUUUACUUUCCAAAUUGAGGUGUUUACACAGUGAUGACAUGAUUUCCCAGUAAUACACUGCUGCUCAUUAAGAAUCCAUUUUUCACUCUCAUAGUUAGUAUGUCUCCAUAACCCGUUUAUGGCGCUAUUUAUCACAAUGAACUCUUCAGUUAUCCACGGUUUAUGUAGCUUGUCAUUUUGGGUUUCACUUACUGUGUAUUCCAUGCAGUUGAGCUGUGUAUAAUAAUCCCUUUUCUCUUUGUCCAGAUGAUCCAUUUGAUGACUUCUUUGGUAAUAGGAGAGGACCCAGGGCACCCAGAAAUAGACCUGCUGGAGGCCCCUUUUUCUCUGCUUUUGGUGGUUUCCCUAGCUUUGGAGGGGGCUUCUCUCCAUUCGACACAGGUAAAGUUAUAAUUAACUAUGAUAGUGUGCAUCUUCUGGCAUUUACCUUAAGUGUAUUAAUGGUGGUUCAUCAGCUGUAAAACUCAUUUAUGUGCUUUGGGGGCAAUAUCUGCUUUCUGGUGAAUAGAGCAAAGUAUUUCCCAAUUCCUUUAUUUAAUAUGACAUUGCUUGUUUGAACACCGCUAAUAAAUCGUCACAGAACACGCUAUGCCCUGAUGAUGCUUAGAUGCCACUGUAACAGAACCGUGGCUGGCACAAGGUGUAUGUAUAUAUGAAAUGCUUAUACAAUAAAUGUUUAACUAUUAAUUAUAUGCUUAACGGUUUGCAGCUGUGUGUGUGUGUGUGUGUGUGUGUGUGUGUGUAUGUAUGUGUAUAUAUAUGUGUGUGUGUGUGUGUAUAUAUAUAUAUACACACACACAAAACUGCAAACCGUUAAGCAUAUAAUAAACAGCUAAACAUUUAUUGUAUAAGCAGUUCAACUUACUUGUUUAGCAAAACUUUCAAUGGAAUCCAGGCACUGCGAUCUGUUAACAGCAGCUAUAUUGUAGAGGUGGGCCUAGCAACAGUUUGUUUAAAGGAACAUUAAAAGCACCACAAUGACAGCAGCUUACUAUUGUUUUUGGUGCCAAGACACACUUAACACCCCUGCUAUAAGUAGUCAAACAGUUAUUGCACAUUUUGCCUUUUUACCAGGGGUCCACUUUGACAUUUCUCCCUAUCUGGAUAUAUCACAUGGCUAUCUAAGCCUGCCCCCACAUUAAUCCAUUUGAUGCAUUAAAGGCAUUGUUGUGUGGUAAGCUGCUCAAGUGAAUGCUGUACACAGACUCCUUCACAAGGUUGAAUGAGGGUGUAGAUAAACGAUCAGCAACCAGGAUAUGGAUGCUAUUUAUAAGUCUAUAGUUUCUGUAAUCUUAUCUGAUGACUGAAUCUGCAUCUAGGGACUGAACUUUAUAUAGCAUUGUAUAAACAUGUUAGACAGAGACUCCUCGUUAUAGCCUGGUCUAGUAAAGGGUUGCUGUGGUCUAGAGGGAACUUUAAAUAUACUGCCUAAUUCAGUGCUGAAAAUGUCCUCCCGCCAUUGGCAAGUGGAAAAAUCUGUCCUGUUGAGUAGAAAUACACCCAUGGUGAGUGUGGUCAAACACAAAAAAACAUGGCGAGUGUGCCAUGGACCGUCUAGGCUUGCAGUGGCUGGUAACUAUUAAAUCCUGGCUAGUAGUGUUGGGCUUACACUUUAAACCCUGAUUUACUUAAUAUAUAAAAAAAAAAUGAAGUCAAUUUGUCGAUGGCUGUAUUACCUGUGUGUAAAAUGGCAUUGUAAUACAGAACUGGAUAUGGGAAUGAGACCAGCUCGAAUGCUGACAGGCAAGGCCUUGUUUCUUACCUCGAGCACUCAAAAUUACUAAUCCUACAUCAUUCAUUUCCUGACUUGUACUACUGUGACUGCUGUUUUUGUGUUGGAAUAAAAACGCUAGAUAACUCCGUGUAGACCAAGUUUCCAGAUAUCACAAAAAUACUUUAAUAUUGAUGGUAACCUUGUUGAUAGUACAGAAGGGACCUCAAAAGUGGCAUUCUGAAAAAACGUUUUUAUUUGUAUUCUAAAACUGGCAACAUUUUAAGACAAUCCUGGACAUCGUCAUUCAGUCAAACUCUGAGCACACUUAUUUUCUAUUUUGCUUUAAAAACAUCGUAAAGAGAUAUGAGAAGACGGCUAAACUUUAGCAGCUGCUUUUCUAAUGCAUGUUCUUGAUUCCAUGGAAGUUGAGGCAGCCAAGAGUCUACAAUGGGGUCUGAGUAUCCUUAAUGAAUACAUCUCUUUAAGACUGAAAUGCAAGGUUUGUUAUUUUUUUAAAAUUUUUAUAUGUAAUCUUAACUUCUCAAUUUUGCUUUCAUACACAAAAGGCUUUACAUCUUCAUUUGGUUCAAUCGGACAUGGCGGCUUCACUUCAUUUUCCUCUUCAUCAUUUGGAGGAUCAGGAAUGGGUAACUUCAAAUCUGUAUCAACCUCAACCAAAAUGAUUAAUGGCAGGAAAAUAACCACAAAGAGGUAAUGUGUAUUGUGCAUGAUUUCAUUUGGGAGUGCGAGUUCAUCUUAUUUAUACAUUUUUUACUUUUUAAUGGGAACUCAACUUUCAAAUUGUCUCUUGAUGUUGAAUUAGGGUGAUGGGUAUUUUACUUCAUUAUCAGAGCAAAUAUUUGUAAUUUCGUGUGAAAUUUUUAAUUUCACUUGUUAAAGCAACACUGUCAAUGUCAGGGGACUUUGCUGAAUUUUCAAAGAUCCCUUACUGUGACAUCACCACUAAUGGUCCGGCAGUGGGUGGCGGCAGGUAAAGGUUAAUUCUACUUGAGUGGCCAUCUUGGAAAAUUAGAGACCAAAAAGUACCUACUUUGUCUGAAUAUUUUUCUUGACUGGGUUGGAAUUUCGGUGAUAUUUCAACAUAGUAAAAAUUAUUUUUAUAUUUGAAUCAAAGCAUCUCUAUGGGGAACGUUUAGCGUCUCCAUGCAGAGGGUGAAGUCGCUUAGUGUAGGUGCUGCAUACUGUGUAGCACUGGAGUAGGAAGCACCUGUCGUGACUGUCUGAGUGACUUCCACUAGAGGUGUUACUAGGCAGUAAUGUAAUACUGACUUUUCUGAGAAAAGUGUUUGCAUUGAAUUACCUGCAAGGACAUGCUAAAGACACUAGAACCACUUAAUUAAGCUGUAGCCGUUCUGGUAACUAUAGCGUCCCCUUAUUUGUUUGAUACUCUCUUCAAUGUCCUAUUGUCUAAACUGCAAAUGUGUUGCAGGACUAUUACAUUCACCAUUGAAAUUACUUUUUAAUUGUCCUACUAGUAAAUUAAGUCUGUUAAAAUAUCAGCAUGACCGAAAACAACAAAUUACUAGUUUUUUUUUUAUUUUGUUUUUUUUAAUUUGAAGGCUCCAGGCCACGGCAAAAUACCCUACAGAGAAUUUAAACUUGUCUUAAGUAGUUCCUAUAACUUACCUAUGUAGGCUCUUCUUUGGUCAUAAUAUCGUCCAUUGCAAGAUUUGUAGCUAGUUACAGCACAUGCUUGCUUUGCUUUUCCCAUUAUGUUUAGCCAGCAUAUAGUGGCUACCAAACGUCCUUGGCACCAAGGUGAGUAACCUAUGCUCUGAUCUGUUGAGCACGGUACAUCUGUUUUACCUGUGUUAUCAGACAGACUUGGAUGUGUAAAAUGGAUUGCAAAUGUGACUUGCAUAGAAAGAAAGUUGAUGUGAAUUCCCUGGAGAUCUGAAAAUGUUCUGGGUGAAACUGGGUACCUACGUUUUUACGUAUGAAGCUUCUCAUGCAUUGUAUACUUAAGCAUUUUAUUAUGGUAGCUUCACUUUUCAGUUCGGUUUUUAAAAAGCAGCCCUGAGGAAAAUGUAAUUCUCCAAAUCAGUGUAAGGUGUUAAAAACAAGUUUUGACAAAGCCAUUUGCCCAUUAGAAGAACCUUUAUGCAGCGUUCCUAGUCUAUCUCUAAUAUACUUAUACAUCUGUUUUAAUUCUGAAACCGUACAAAAGAACAUAUUUAUAUUGAAAUAGUUUAAAGAACACCGGUUUGGGACUCGAUUGGACUAGAAAGGAACAUAUGUUUUUAGUGUUGUGAAUUUUAUGUCCUGCAACGGUAUUAACAUUAUAUUUAUAUGCAUCUAAGUGCAUAUCCAAUUCCUUUGGCAAGUGUUUUUUUUUUUUAUUAUUAUUAAUUUUCAUAUAAACUGUUGAAAUGCGAUUUUUGGACUUGAACUUUUUUCUAAUCAGUAUAGGUAAUUUUUUUUAAUGAGAUUUUUGACUGUCUAAAUUCUAUUCAUUACUAAAUGAUAGGGCACACUCAAAUAGAAUAUAUAAACCAUUUUAUUUUAAUUGUUUACAUUUAUUUAUUUUUAUAUUGUAACUCCUGCAAUCAUUUUCUUACAUCUCCUUUUACUUAACCAGCUUUGGGCAGCAUGCCUGUUUUUAGUAUGAUUAAUUUUUUAAAUGGCAUAAUUUAAUAACCCUUACAAUAAAGGCAAAAGCACUUUUUUUUUUUUUUUUAAGUCAACUCAUUAUAAAAUUGUGUUUGUGUAGUCGUUUGAUGGCCACAAGGGAAUGUAACAAACAUAUGGGUGCUUUCUGGGAGUCAAAGUAAACAUGGUAGCACUUUGUAUAAUAUAAGACCAGCUAUAUUCUGAGGUCCCACAUCUUUAAAUUAAAAGGGUGUGUUAAUGGUGACUAACAACAACAUAAAGGUGUAUUAAUCCCAGUGCGUCUCAUAAUGGGAUUGAGCCUCAAGCAUAAUGGGUUAGUGGGCUAACACCACAGGUCAGGAAGUAAACCGAAGACAAAUAUAUCUUUAAUGAAUGCAUUGGCUGCUGAUUUUUCUCUUUUUUUUUUUUUUUGGAUUGGUUCUAUAGCUUUGCCUGAAGAUGGUAUUCUAAACCUAGAUAGACUUUUUCCUCUGCAAUAACUCAUAGUUUUUUGUUUGGUCGCACAGGAUUGUUGAGAACGGACAAGAACGAGUCGAAGUUGAAGAAGACGGACAGUUAAAGUCCUUAACAAUAAAUGGUAAGGAGCAGAUGCUACGCUUGGAUAACAAGUAAAAUCAACGCACGCAUGUAUCAGAAAUAUUAACCUAAAACAAGCACCAUUUGUGGAUUAUCAGGAACAUUUUUGAAGAUUUCAAAAAGAACUGUUCAGAGUUUCUGCACUCUAAGCUAAGAUAUAAUAAAGAAGCUUGUUUGAGUUUCUGAUAUUUAGCAGAUUCUCAGUUCUAUUUUGGGACCACGUUCAUAUGACAUUUUUUUUUUUUUUUUUUUUUGAAUUCUUUUUUUCUUAUGUCUUAAUAUCGUAAUUAUCUGUAUGCACUUUUAAAGUAGCCUUUCUAAUUGCCAGAUGUUUGCUGUAACAGUAUAGUACGCAUUGCUCUGGCAGUUGAAGGAUUAAGCGGAGGUGAACUGUGAUAUUUCAUAAGUGGUUGAGCAGAUCGUCCACUAACAGCAUGACUUUUGUGGUUUUCUUUUUUUUUUCUUUUUUCUUUUUUUUUUGUCAAAUUUUGUUUAAAAUGUGAUGAAAGUGAUAACUGUCCAAACUGCUAUAAAGUUGACUUUCCCAGUGAACCUUUUUCCAGCAAUGCGCAUAAAACCACCUGCAUUUCAGAUUUCAAAAAAUUGCGUGUAUGCGCCAGCACGUGUAGUUUUAAUAAUUUUUGAACGCUGUUAAAAACUGUCAUUCCACCAAACAAGAUAAAGGAAAGACCAUUCUUUUCAGUAAUAUUUGUUCAUUUUUGUUGUUUGCUAAAAAGUUGGACGUGAAUAAAUGCAGACGUUUGUAGUGCAUUCUCUUUAAGUUCAUAUGUAGCAUUCUUGUGUCUGUGUGCAAUUUGGGUAAUUUUAAUCUGAUCCUUUGCUUUGCUUUAAGUUAACUUUGUAUGUUUAAACCUGAGGGGGUGACAUGUCUUUUUAAAUCAAGCUUCCUAUCCUGCUUACUAGCUGACACUCAACCUUGCUGUCUCACUGUUUUGACACUUUAACUACAACUCAACCUUUUUACAGUCAUACAUUCCACGAAUGGAACGUUUUUUUUUUGUAUAUUGUCCCCAAAACAUUGAGAAUCCUUAAGAAAAACAGCAGCGUGCAAAAAUUUGGCUCACAUUUAAAGCAAAACAAUCUUCACAAUUACUAUAAAAAAAACAACCUAUAAGGUCUUGGCAGAAGAACUUAUUACAAAGUUAUUACAAAGUUCUACAGAACACCUAAAAGUUAAUAGCUUAAGAAUUAAACAAUGUUGUAUAUUAAGUUCGAUCUUCAACACAUCUGUCACUGUGGUUAAUCCAAGCAAACUCCAAUUGGGAGUCAUGUCCAGCAGAUUUAUUUGGGACACUAGAUUUGAACUCCAUCCCCAUGAGUUUACAUCCAAUAUUCGUUCAUUUGUGGCCAAACAUGUUGCAUCUUUAUAAUGUUUCAAUGGGGAACCUUAAAUGGAUAAACAUUGAAUUGAUGCUAAUGGCUGUUGAUUUGAAUACUUGCUUUUCACCCUCUAUCCUCUCUACCUGACUCUUGAGAAACCAGUGAUGUUCAGACAUACCAGUACAGCUACAAGGGGGUUUUCUAACUCUGGUCCUGAAUUGGUAAAAUAGUUGCUACAAUUGUGCUCCUUCCCCCAUCAUUUCAAGUCUGAGACUACUUUUUGUUCUAAUGGAAUUCUGUGUCAGAUACGCCCAGUCUUUAUCGAAAAAAAUGUGGACUGCAAUCUAUGAUUAGCAUCCUUUUUUUUUAAAAAGGUUUUUAUUUGUUUACAGUCUAAUCUCACUGGUUUCUUAAUGGGUAAACAUAUAUAUUUAAAAAAAAAAAAAAAAUUAAAGCUUUUAUGCCUGAGGAUUUCACACGCACACUGUUUGUCUUAACACACAAGGUUUUCAACAUUUCAACAGCAGGAAAAGAUCAACUCCUUUUUUUUAAUGACCUGUUGGUGUUUACCUGAUGUAAUGCUGCAAAAUAAAGUGCUCUGUAGUUGGAGUUGCUUGUCUUAUUUCCUGUGGAAUUCCGAUGGCGUGCAAGCACUUGGGCCGACUGUGUGGAGUUUGAUUCACAUAAUGCAUGGUGUGCACUUUAUUUUAUUUACACUGUAUGUCCUUGCAUCUGUACACAGCUUUCACGACUAUUUAGAAACCUUUAUUUGGAUUCCGUGAAAUGGCCUCGUUGGGGAAACAGCAAUCAUCCUCUAACUUUACAUAUGGAAUCGUACGUGCACUUCAUGUAUUUCACAAGUGCUACAUCUCAAGGUUGCCCACAUAUACGGUCAUGUGUUUAACACUUUCAGAAAAGAGCUACUGAUUAAUUUUAUAAUGGGGUUGGCUCAGCCUACUGGGAUUACUAAUAAAAUGGCAUUGAGGAGGCUACUUUUGCUAAUCCCUUCACAAGUGGGUGCCUUUAUGGCAGACUGUAGGUCUGACAAAAUGCUCCUCAACUAAGGCAAUUCAUUUGUUUUUAAAUACUCCAUCCCAAGUCUACAAAUCUACACAAAAUAAUUGAAGUAUAUGACCUAAAUGUGAAGAAUAGCAAACAUAAAAGUUGAGUAACUGGCAAGCAUGACUUGGAACUUGUCUGUCUUGUCUUAUUAACCUUUUGUUUCAGCCUGGGUGAUUACAUGGUGAAUCUGUGCAUGAUCUAAUAAAAUGUAUGUUUACAUUGCAAUAGUGCAUGUAUUUUAAUAUAUGUAAUCUUCCUAGGAAAUAUCUAGAAGACUUUUAAAAAGAAAGUACUGACAUUUGUUUUUAUUAUUGUCCUUAUGGGCAAAGUAGUACUUGCACACACAAUUCCUAAAUAGUAAAAUUGGGCAGAGUUAGAUUGUUAGAUUUUUAGAUUUCAAAUCUGGAUCUGUCUCUAAAUGCAAACCAUCCAAGUUUUUUUUUUUUUAUGUUUGUAUGUAUACACACACGCUUCAAAGUUAAAUUGGGCAAAUCUGGGAUUUGUGGUUUUAAAAUGUUUAAAAAAAAAAAAAAAUUUAAGAUUUUAUUUUUUUUGCUUGAUUCAAAUGUACUUGGCUCUUCUUUCCCUUCAGUAAGCACACCUUUGCAUGUCUUCAAAUCCUGAAUGAGACCGCAAAUACUUACAAGCAUGCAGCCUAGCAAAGAGUAAAAAUUUUGGAUUAAAAAAAUUCUUUAAAUAUAUUUCCCAUGCUUAUAGAGUUGAAAAGUGACCCUUUUUAAAAAGGGAAACAAUAUUUCCCUGUGUUAUGUUUGCUUGUAACCAAUUUGCUUGUCUUUGGGAAAUGUCAAAUCUACCUAAUCCAACUAACGCUCUUCAUUUUCUCAUAUUACCCACUUUCCGUGGACACAAAGAUAUGCUACAGUAUGUGUGUUCAAUUUUGCAUGUUAUCUUUUGGCUCCUGAAGUAAUUUUCCUGAAUAUUGUUGACCUAUGAAUAUAGUUGAAGUACAACUUCCUGUUACUUUGCCAUUCCAUUGAAGGUUUUUUGGCAUUGUUUAAAAGAAUGGUUUUUAAUAGUGAGUUUUGGGGCAUAGAUGCUGCCCCUUGCAAUCUUGUAGUUUUAAACCGUGGCUUUGAGAAGGCAAAAUUUGCAUUAUGUAGUUUCCAAUCUCUUAGUGCUUGUCAAAGAGAAGGCCAUUAGCAGCUUCAGAUUAUAAUAGAUUCCAUAGUUGAAUCUAUUUUAGGACACUAGGUGCACAAUAUGCCUGCAGUUCUGGAGAGAGGAGGCUGUCCCUACGCUGCGUUAUUUAUUUUUUUAAUUGCUUUUUUAAAAAGCUUAGAGUCCUAUUUAUAACCAAAUUAAUGUACCUCGUUUUAUUUUAGUUAUUUAAAGGUGCGUUCCACCUAUUCUGUUGAAUAGAACACCUUUUUAUAACUAAAUGAGAAUAUUAUUUGGUUAUACUACACAAUGUUAAUGUCAUGUUUAUUCAACUCAUUUGUUGUGCCAGUACUAUAAAUCGGGCAUGUGUCAUUUCACAUAUUAAGAGUUCUACCGCUCACUUGCCUGGGUAGUUUCUCUGAACUCUGUGGGCUAGGAAAGUUACAUGCAGCUUUUGUAUAUGCCUAAAGAAAAUACAAACUUUAGAGACACAUUUGUUUUUUUUUUUUUAUUAUUAUUAUUAUUAUUAUUGUAACUAGUGUAAGAAGAUAUAAGGCGGAUCUUGCAGUAUUUUCCAUAAACCCUCAUUUUUUCUGAAGGUACAUGUGACAGCAGGCAUGUUUAUAUGCAUCACUUAACCUUUGAUUGCUUCUUUGGAACCUUCUAUAGAAAUGUGUGAACCAUGCAGUUAUGACAGGUUUUAAGGAAAGCUGGACAGAUAUAUUUAAGGGCAAAAAAAAAAAAGCAAUGCCUCCUCAAUCACAUCCAGUGGUCGAAAUUGUCCAUAAAACUUACACAAUAAAUCUGUUUCAGAACUCCAUCUCACCUAGGAUUUUGUGGAUAAUGCAUAUGUGAAGUAAUGUGGAUCCUCAAACAUUUAUGCUUUUAUAUCUCACCAGGGAUUUGCAGGUUUAUUAAUGGGUGAUCACCAAAACAGGAGGUGGCCUGGGGAAUAAUGUAGAAAAAUACUAUAAACUCUGCUGCAUUUCAACAAUUUACCUGAAGUUACUUGAAAAACCUUUCCAAUUGAUCUUCAAGAGUUACUAUAACCACUUCUGCUUUUAGAAUGUCAUGGUCGUAGAAUCUGCAUGUGCAGUACUUUGCUGGAAUCAUUGCACAUACAGCGUAAUCUGCACCUUUGUACCGUGAGGGAGGUGACCAUUUUGUGCACAAAAGUGCACAAAAGUGCACAAAAUGGUGUGAGUGCUCCUAAGUUGACCGGCCUAAAUCUCCCCUUUCUGUUUUUUAUUUUUCAGCCCUUGCCUUUUGUUAUAGUUAGUAUGUGUGUAAAGAUAUAGAAUUUUUUAAAUUUUUUUUCCUUUUACAAGGUAAUAUGGGGAGGUGGUGGUGAGGAAUUACUAUUUGAAUACAAAAAAAUUUGAAAAGGGUUACAGUAAUCACUUGAUUUUCAAAAAUCUUGUGCGCAGUGGCAAUUAGUUAUAUAUUUUAAAAUGUCAAACAUUGAGAGUCAGAAGUGAGACGCUCCGCUCUGAUACAAUCACAUUCUCAAAUGCUUUACCGUGUGCUAUCCACAUAUCGUAAUGUAAAUUUUUAUGAAAUUGCUGUAGGUUAUGUGGAUAAUGCACAGCAGUCUAUUUGAGAACAUAGACUUGUGUACUUUUGUUUUUUAUUUGUGUGGGUGUUUUGAUGAAUUGCCCUUUGUCAGAAGAAAAGUUAAUGUUUGUGCUUACAAAUCUGCAAUUUUUCAAACUAAAUUUUUUUUGUAUUUCUUUUUUUUUUUUUUUUUCACCUAUUUUCCCCCCAUCAUUUUUCUUGUCUUUAAUAGGCAAUCUGUUUAGUUGGAAAAGCCAAACAGUGAGUCAUUGUUUCUGUUUGGUCUCCAUGAGACGCAUUCCAUAUGCUGAUAAAGUUAUUUGUACAUUUUAUUAGUCAUAGACUGCAUAGCUUGCUGCAGUUUUACCAUUACAUCAGGAAAUUGUAUCUGUAACUGUGCCUAAUGCACUAAUUUUAUUACAAGAAAAAAAUAGUUAAAAAAAUAAAAAAAUAAAUUAAAUUAUGAGUUUGAGAUCAACUUUCUCUUUACAGCUUUUAAAGUUGAAUUUUUAUUUCUCUGGAAGUGCCUGAUCCCCUCUCCCUAGUCAAGCAUUUGUCUGUGUUGUGAAAUAGAUUAAAAAACAAAACAAAAAACAUUUUGCCUCCAUAGCACUCUGCAUUUUCAUUGGUCACCCAUUGUUCACUUGGUCUUUCAUUGGUGCAGCUUCGGCAAUUGGACAUAUCGUUUACUUAGCUACGUUUGUACAAAAAUCUAAGUUACCAUUUUCCAUUUAACUGUAGACCAUUCUGAAAACUUGCAGAUAUCCCUGGUAGGCAGGAACAUAACAAUUUGGGAGUGCAGGCUGUGUAUUUUUUUUUUUCAUCUCUUAAACUGAGAAAAGUGCAUUAUAUACAUGUAGAUCAGCUAGAAGUCUUUUAGUAUGUCAGUGUUGACAAGCUCCAAGUUUUAGGCAUGAUAUUGCUUGCAGAUGAACUGUCUGAAGCUUGUCCUCCUGCACAUUUAUAUAAUUUUCUCUGGGUAGACAUCCGAGUUAUGCCGUAUUAAAGGGCCAUUCCAGGCACCAGUAAAAUUUUUAGAUAAUGGUCUCAUUAACCCCUUAAGGGAGGAGGCAAUCGUACAUGUUCUGAUCAAGACAAAAAAAUGUAAACAAACCCUGGAAUUUGACUGUCUGUUCAACCAUAACUUUUUCAUAUUAAGUGUACCCUCACUUAUUGCAUAUCUUUUUGUUCAGGAGAAAGAGGGCUUUUAUUUCACAUAAAGUAUUUAUGUGAUACUUUUAAUUUGAAUAAAAGUUUGAGAAAUUAAGACAUUUUGUUCUGUAUGACACUUUAACUGAAUGUCUGUCUAAACUGAAUAAUGCAGCUUUUACUACAGUAAAAUACACGUGUUCAGUGAUGUCUCACGAGUACAACACUAAAUGAACAUGUUUAUGGUGUUUUGGAAAGUUACAGGAUCACAUACUGAUGAUAUAUCAUCAUUAUUCAUUUGAUGGUUUUUAACAAUCAUAUUUGUAUUCAGCUAAGUCUUAAGAGUACAACAGUGUUUUGGAAAGUUACCGUGUUGAAGGGACACAAUAUAGUCAUCGGAACAACUAUAGCUUAUUGUUGUUCUGGUCUGUUUAGCCUGUCCCUGCAGGCGUUUUAAUGUAAACACUGACUUUUUACAGAGAAGGCAGUGUUUAUAUUACAGCCUAGGAACAAGUCUAGUGGCCACUUCUCAGACUGCCACCAGAGGUACUUCCUGGGUCAGUGCUGCAUAUUCCCCAUAGAGAUGCAUUGAUUCAAUGCAUCUCUGUGAGGAAAUGCUGAUUUGGCUCACCCCCCUCUCCUUGGCUGAGAUCACCAAAAUUGACAGGACCAGAUGUGCCCUGCACAGCACUGGGAAAAGGGUAGUAAAUCACCUUUCUAACCAGAGGAAAGGGGUGGGGGAAUACAUGUUUUGUAGGGCUUGCAAAUUACAUUUUCUUGACUUUCUGCCUGGGUUGAUAGGCGGGUCCCUUAAAAAUCGCUGACUUGGGGGAGAAAAAUAAUAUAUACAUACACGUAGGAUUAAAAUUGAAAUUUUUAUUCUCCCUCUCCCUGCAGUUGUACAGACUGCUAUUCCGCCAAGUGAUCGCCAUGACAGGAGGGUCGGUCUGGAUCCAGGGGGACUGCCUGGGUUGUCAGGCAAUUCUCUCCGAUCCUUAACUGUGUGGUUCACUGUGCGAGAUGAGUUUAUGGUGGCAGAAGGGCUCACGAUCGUUGGGGCGUCCACUUUGUGCAGGACGGCAUAGUACGACUUAGCACCGUUAAGAGGUUAAUAUUUAUUUUAAUGCACAAAUCUUUCAUUUUUACACAAAUACAAUAAUUUAAAUGUUUUGCAGAAUGCUGCACCAUAAGCUGACAUUCUUUGCCAUGUCCCUUCAUGCCAGAAAAACUUCCUUAUAAAAUGUAUUUACAGUCUCAACACUGUGUGAGCGGCUUUAAAUUCACAACCUGCCUUCAACAGUCAGAGAAACUACAAACAGGCAGUGACAUCCUUGCAAUAUAUUUCCCUGGGUAUGCAGGUUGUUCUGUAGUUCAGAUCACUUAGUCCUGUCAGUGGCUGAACUGUGUACAUACAUUUACUCCACAUAUGUCGAAGGAACUGGUGUGUGUAUAUCAAUACACAUUGAUUUUUCACCAAACAUAUAAACAAUGUGUAGAAAUUAAUUAUAAGCUUUUUCUGCAAUUUUUGGUUUAGUAAGGACCACCUAGGGCUAGACUCAAAGUAGAAAAAAAAGCCUUUGAUCUUGUAGAGAGGUAUGAAUACAUAUUUAAUAUGUGAAGGCUAUGUGCAUUGGCCAAACAAAUGUAAAAAAAAAAAAAAAAGCGCCCUAUUUCUCUGAAAUAUAAAUGAAUAAUUUUUAGAACAUUUAAACUAAGAGGUUAAAGAGUAACAUUCACAUCUGUUGGUUGCAUGUGAGUAAUAAAACCGGUCUUUCGUGUACACUGUCUAGAAAUAUGACCAAAUACAUUGUGAGUGGGCACUGUGCAGAAAAAGAAUAUCUCCUUAUGAGGCCUCUAGUUGUGUUCAUAAGAGUGCGUGUGUGUAAGGCAGGUUCAUGUAAAGCAGUUUACAAAAUGUAUUUUUUUUUCUUUUUCUUUAAAAAAUAAAACCUUCAAAAUUGCUUCCACAAUUUAAAAUUUAAAUCUUAAGUAUUCUAACAAUUAGAAUAACAAUAAUCUGUCUUUAUGUCCAAAAACGAAAAUAGAGGUAGCUUUGAGCACAGCACAAUCUCCUUUCCAAUAGAUAUGAAGGUUUACAUACCCUCAAUACACAAUUGAAUGCCUUGUAUUCAUUUUAACACACGCUAAAUGUGGAGGUGUGUAGUGCAGUUCUCAGAGAUGCUGGGAGUGGCAAACCAUGAUAAACGGUGGUUGGAGAGUUUUUACAUUUACCAGCGCGAAAAUUAUGAUUUUAUUUUUUCCCUCAGACGAUAUCUUUGUACUAUGACAACAUUUGCUUGUGUAUAGACAACCUAACUUUAUAGUCCAUAUUUGUUAAUCUCCAGACAAUUCACAGGUUUAUUAUGUUGACUGAACUGUGAAGCAUAGCCUUAGGAAAGUGAUAAUUCUUUUUAUAAAAAAAAAAAAAAAUUCUUUAUUUUUUACAAGUUUUUCUUUCUCAUACAUAGACAUUAUUCAUAUAUUUGUUUUUGAAUUAAAUUAUGCUUAUUUUAACACAUGAAUAAUUUAAAAUUUUACAGUAUAUAAUACAGUAUGUAAACAUAUAUAUAUAUAUUUCUCUUCCAUCCAUCCAUCCAUACGUGUCCGGGAGAGGGGAGGGAUGAAAUCAUUCUUUAUUAAGUGGAUGUAAUUCUAAAGCUAUUGAAAUGGUUAGGAUUCUGUGGGUGCAGUUUUUCAUUCUUAUUUAUUUCUGCUUGUCAAACUGUUCUUAAACGGUUUGACAAAAAGUGCAUCAACCCAAGCCCCGCGGAUGUAAUAAUAGUCACUGUCAAGGCUGUAAGUCAGAAUACUGCUUUCACGUACAUUGAUUUUGGAAAGAAAUGAGGAUGUACAAAGGUUUUUGAAAUCUUUUUAAAAAUGAGAGCCUAGCUUAGGGACAGGCAACCUUCGGCACUCCACAUGUAGCCUACGUCUCUGAUAAUGUGUAGUACACAACAUCAGGAGUGCUGAAUAUUGCAUGUACUAGCAUAUAGCCUCUGUUUUACCAUUUUUAAACAAAAUGCAAGUAGGGUUAUUCAAUAAACUCACUAAAUGUCAAUACCUAAACUCUGUCAACAUUGAAGUUGCUGUUAAGUGGAUAGGUGAGUGUGUUGGAUCGUGUGUAUAAAACCCGAAAAGGGACUUUUUUCAGUUUUAGGACCCUUCUUUCCCCGCAAUAGCUUAUUACGCAGGUAGUCCACUUGCAAUUUCUCCUUUAAGUAAAUCAAUUACAUGUAAUGUGGCUCGUUACACUCUGACAAAGCGCUUUCCUUUUUCUCUAAAGAACAUUCCCUUUGCUUUGGGAAACAAUCUCCUGCCUCAUUGUUAGUGACUGUGUUAUCCGAGGAAUGUUUUACCACAUAUGGCUUAGAAAACAAAUCUAAAAAUUGCACAUAUUUAUCCUCUGAUGCAAAAUAAUUUGAAAUGACAUAUUAAAAUUGGAAUUUGCAUUAAAUCUUGCUCAUGAGGUUUUGUAGAAAAUUCAUUUUCCCCUUGAGGGAAAAAAAAAGCUUUAAUUGAGCCAAAACGUUUCCAUGUUUACACAAUGUGAUAUUUAAUUGUAAAUGUAGAUUAGGAUUCUUUUUUCAAAAUGUAGCACUUUUCAAUAAAAGGCAUAUGGUGUAGAGUUCAAUAAAAAGUCUUGUCAUCCUUUUAAAUCAACUAGGGCUGAUAUAUUUGUAUUUUUAUUUUAUUAUUUUUUUACAGAUUUGUGUCUUGCUUUUAAAGACAUACAGGGUUAUUUUACUAAAGUGAGAUUUCAAAGUAAAUUUUAAACUUAAAGUGGCUGUCUCCUAAAAUUUGCCUUUCUUCUUCUGUUUCCUCUUCUCUUCCAGAAUAUGUUCUUUUCUUUCUAUCUGACCUAGUUUUCCUUAAAGCACAAGACAAAGUCAGGACUACUUUGGCAUGUGUAUGAAAUAUACAUUAGACAAUCUUUGAAAGGGCAGCGUUUAAAGGAACACUAUGGUGUAAGGAAUACAAAUGUUUUCCAGACACUAGUCCUGAAGUGGCUUUGUAGGAUAUCAAUAUAAAGGUGAUUUUUACUCAUCUUUUCUCCCAUGCCGCACAGGUCUCACCCUGCCUGGCUUAGAUAAUCAAUUUUGAUGACGUCAGCUAAUCCUAAUGCUUCUCAUAGGAAAUUAUUGGGGGGGGGGCUAUUGUGCAUGCGCGGCAAAACAUCACGCUGCACCAAUCAGCAUCUCAUAGAGAUGAAUCCAUGCAUAUUUAUGGGAUCACACGCAAAGCAUGGAAACUCUGAACGUAAGUGCUGCAAACUGUGCAGCACUGACAUAGAAAGCACCUCCAGUGGCCAUCUGAGUUACUGCCACUAGAGAUGUUACCAGGCAGCAAUGUAAACACUGCCUUUUCUCUGAAAAGGUCAUGUUUACAGUGCUCCGCUUGCAGGGACAGGCCAUAGACACCAGAAUCACUACAUUAAACUGUAGUGGUUCGGGUGACUAUAGUGUCCCUUUAAUGCAAGCUUCACCCUUUUGUCACAAUUGUCAAGCAGAGGAAAAAUACAUGACUAACUAGUCCCUGCUUUGUCUUAUGUUUUAAAGAGAAAUGGAUGAGAAAUGAAGAAUUAGAACAUAUUUGUAAGAGAAGAGGAAACUAUAGGAGAAAAUUAAGUUUGAGGUGACGAAGCCACAUUAAGGCCAGAGUAGCCAAAAUGAAAGCAUCGCUGAUGAUCUUUUCUCAGUUCGGUUAGUUUGCCCCUAAAUUUGAAACUCACUUUGAGUUCUCACUUAGGUAAGGAACCCUGACAGUGCAAAUACCGAUUUUUCGUAAUGCUUAUUGACCUUUUCCCACUUUCUAAUUUUUUUUUUUUAUUAUAUACUCUUGAUUGGUAUGAAUCCCUGGUGGUACAGCUGCAAUAUUUUUUCCCUAAACUUGUAACUUGAUUGGCUGAGAUCAGCCUUCUGUCAAAUUAAACUUGAGAAAAUAUAAAAAAAGCAGACGUUCGGCAUUGAAAGAUUAGCUUUCAUAAUGAAGGGUUUUAAAGGGUAGCUGUCACCAUUUACCUGACCCGCCUCUAUCUUAUUACACUUCUCGAACACCUGCUUCUGCUCUGCCCAUACUCCUCCUCAGUCUGUUCAUUGAUUUAACUUGCUUGGGGACGCUUCCAGAAGCAGGGCAUACCUCCUCCUUGACAACGACACAACGGCUUCGUUCCCAGUAUGCCUGAGUCUGAAUGGACAUCAGUUCCUAUACACCCUAGCCAAUGUUGGCAGUGCUGGCAAGUGUGUUACUAUAGCAACCAAAGAGAAUGCAGUGCAGUUGCUGCAGGUCAAAAACAGGGCUAUCUGUGGUCCAGGUCUCGUAUACUCUCCAUUAUCGAUCAAUUCCUCAACAUAAAGUCUAUGCUAAAGAAUUGGUCUACAGGUGGGAGAAAAACCUAUUUUUAAAUAAGUGUUUUGUUUUUUUUUCUCUUCACCUAAUCUAUACAGAAUAGAUGAAGAUGUCCGGUUCCUUACCCUGUGUUAAUGAAUGGAAUGUAAUUAGCACUCUAUACCAGGGAUGGUUAGGAUGCAGGCCUACAGCUGUUGCAGAACUACCACUCUCUUGAUACAGUAGUUCUGCAGCAGGUGUGCAGAUCUACCUUGUAACUUUCCCUGUUUAAAACAGUGCACAGUUAUACACUGAUAUACAGUUCAGCAUGCUUGGAAUUCCGUAGUCUACAUGUUGCAACACAGUAUCUUCCUAUACAUACCAAGCAUAGUUGUGACAUAAAAGCUGCAUAUUUAGUUAGACUUUUUUGGGGGGUAGGUGUUGUUUAUUUUGGAUUUUGGAGAUGUAGAUUUUUUUUCACCAACCCCACUUCUUAACGUAGUGGUUUUUGGUGGUUAUAUGCUGUCCAUUUAACAAUCUCAAACAAUGCAAAACAUUUCCGUGAGAUUUGGCUUAAAACAUGUCUGACAGCCAUUAGGCACUUCCUCCUUAAGACCUAUGAUUUUCGAACAUCUUCACGUUCUGCAUCAAUUUGCACAACAUAUGGCUUGUACGGAUCCAAGCUUUGGAUUGCAUCCUUAGUGCUUCUCUAAGAGAACCAUCAUCAUGUUUGAUCUCAUGACAGCAGAGAGCAAACUGUCUUGGUUCUGGUUUUCAGGUAAGUUUAGUUGCUCCCACCCCUCCCCCUUUUUAUUUCUAUAUAAAUAAAAUAAAAAAAGGAACAAUCUAACUUUAAAAAUAUUUUUUCCGUUGGUGUCCCUUUAAGUAAAUACAAACAGAAAAUGUGCAAAUAAAGUCUGAUUUUGUGAUAAUAUUGGUUUAGAAAGAUUAACAGACAUUUCCCUGUAUUGUAUACCUUGUAUUGUUUAGCUUGUGCUAGGCAAUGACCAAUCCCUUUUUCUAUAUAGAAACAUAGAAUGUGACGGCAGAUAAGAACCAUUCGGCCCAUCUAGUCUGCCCAAUUUUCUAAAUACUUUCAUUAGUCCCUAGCCUUAUCUUAUAGUUAGGAUAGCCUUAUGCCUAUCCCACGCACUCUUAAACUCCUUUACUGUGUUAACCUCUACCACUUCAGCUGGAAGGCUAUUCCAUGCAUCCACUACCCUCUCAGUAAAGUAAUACUUCCUGAUACUAUUUUUAAACCUUUGUCCCUCUAAUUUAAGACUAUGUCCUCUUGUUGUGGUAGUUUUUCUUCUUUUAAAUAUAGUCUCCUCCUUUACUGUGUUGAUUCCCUUUAUAUAUUUAAAUGUUUCUAUCAUAUCCCCCCUGUCUCGUCUUUCCUCCAAGCUAUACAUGUUAAGAUCCUUUAACCUUUCCUGGUAAGUUUUAUCCCGCAAUCCAUGAACCAGUUUAGUAGCCCUUCAAUGAACCCUCUGUAAGGUAUCGAUAUCCUUCUGAAGAUACGGUCUCCAGUACUGUGUACAAUACUCCAAGUGAGGUCUUACCAGUGUUCUAUACAAUGGCAUGAGCACUUCCCUCUUUCUACUGCUAAUACCUCUCCCUUUCUGCUAGCAUUUCCUGCUGCUCUAUUACAUUGUCUGCCUACCUUUAAGUCAUCAGAAAUAAUCACCCCUAAAUCCCUUUCCUCAUAUGUUGAGGUUAAGACUCUAUCAAAUAAUCUAUACUCUGCCCUUGGGUUUUUACGUCCAAGAUGCAUUAUCUUGCACUUAUCCACAUUAAAUAUACAUAUAACACACUGAUGUAGAUGUAAAAAAACAGAUGCCAUUUGUAUCUUGUAAUACCUUUUUUUUUUUAAUUGGACUAACAAAAUUUUUUUUAAUGACAAGCUUUUGGAGAACCUCCCUUUCUCAAGUCUAAAGCAUUUCUGAGCAAAGACGACACAUAGAAUUCAAAGUUGAGUUGUGAUACAGGGGUUAACACACUGAUGGUAAGAGCUGCACUUGAAGAACACUUUAGUUCAUUCUCUGUUACGAUGUUAGCUGGAAGAAGGUAUAGCUUGUAUCGUUGGUUUAAACUGACACAAAUGUAAGAGUGUUAUUAGAUUAACAGCUUUUUUAAAUGCUCCAAAUUAAUCAGAAAAUACAAUUGCAUAUAUAGAUGACCUAUUUAGCGAAACUGAAAGCAAGAAAUUAGGCCAGCUGUCUGUAAGCUUGUAGUCCAACAACAAAGCAUUGGGCUCAUUAUUUACCCUGAGCAUUCUAAAUUACAACUACUUACAACGCUGUCUCCCUACCGCUACCCUUGCUUCGUGCCUCCCUUCUUCCCGGUAAAUAAAUGGGUUUUAAACCCUUUUAUUUACUUACCUUUUCCCAGCGCCGAUGUCCCUCAGCGAUGGGUCGAUGCUCCGCCUUGUGAGGAGUGUGGUCUAAUGUGCCAAAUGCUGCCCGCUUUAGAACUUUGCAUUGGAAAGCAUUGAAUCAGUGCUUUCCUAUGGGGGAAAAAUUGACGCUGGAGGUCCUUAUGCAGAGCGUGAGGACAUCCAGCGUCCAAUACCGGACCAAAGGUCUGUUUCAAUUCAAGAAGCUCUCUAGAGGCUGUCUGGUAGACAGCCACUGAGGGCAGAUUUAGAGCUGCAAUGUAAGCCUUGCAGUUUCUAUAGAACUGCAAUAUUUUACAUUGCAGCGCUUAGUGCAAAAGGGACAGUACUCCCAGAUCACUUCAAUUAGCUGAAGUGGUCUGAGUGCCUACAUUGUCCCUUUUAAUUUAAGGUUUACAUGGGGUAUAGCAAGCUUGAGCCGUUACCAAAUUAUGUAGGUAGUAUCUUACAAAAAUAUGCAAUAAAGACUAGAAAAGUACUUCACUUUGAAAUGUGUCUGGAAGUGCCUUGGAUUUGCAACUUUUUGCCCUUUGCCCAGACCGGGAAGUAGCUGACACUGAUCAGCCAAUCUUGGAAGUUCCAUUAUUUCUGAUUGGCGUCCUGGGCAUAUCUCAAACUGUGUCUUAGUGUCAUGGUGUCUAUUUGCAUACCAACUGUUCAAUUUAUAAUUUUAUAAAUGGAUCUACUUGGGUGUCUUUGGUACUGACUCAGAAAGCAGUGGGUUUAUAAACGCAUUCAUUUUUGGCUUUUUCUUGUCCUCUGAACUGUACAAUGUAAGUUAAUUAUGUUUAGAGUGCUCCAUUAACAAAUUACACGGCGCUGUGCAUCUUUGAAAGCCUUUUUGCAGCCAGUAAUAUUUUUGAGUACUUUGGGCAGAUGCCUGUGAACAUACUUAUUCACAUGGAGAACAAUAUGUUGGCUUAAAAUUAUAUUUCAUGGGUUGCUAAACAAAUAUGGCUGAAAGUUCCUGAUUUAAAAAUAAUUAAAACCAAACAACAGAACAGAAAAAUGCAACAUGUGAUAAUGGGCUGUCACCUCCUGAAAAAAGUCUAAUGGCGCAAACCGUGCAGAAGAUGAAUAGGCGUUUGGACUAUGUCAGUAUGCAGAUAUUUUUCUGGAUUUUUUUUUUGUGGAACAUUUAAGAUAUUGACACAUUUUGCUUUUACAAGGGCAAACCUUAAGGCAGGAAGUAAAGCGUUUUGCAACCACAACAUUUAGUGCGGGGUGGGUGGGAAGUGCCCUCAUUCAGUUGAGAUUUUCCUUAAUAAAAAUAAAGUUAAUUUCUGCAGCGUGGAUACAAAGCCUCACGCAAAGCAUGUGUACCUACUCCUACACUUAAACGUUUUCUGAGCAAAAGAAUGUGCUUUAUUUUUUUACGCUUUGUAAUUACAAGCUCUAAAAAAAAAAAAAAAAAAACAGUCAAAAUGCAUUUUAUUCACUUUUUUAGUUCUAAACCCUCUUGAAAUUGUCUCCGUGAUGGACUGCAUUUGUUACAAUAAACACUGUUUCUGUUCACUGUAAUAUAGUUUAUUAAUAGUGAUGUCCCGAACGGUUCGCAAAAACGGUUGCCACGGACGGCGAACAUAUGACCCUGUACCUCCCACCUCCUGGACAGCUCACUAAGAAUGCAGCUUCAAAAUGGAUGCUGUUCAGGAGGUGGUAGGGAGGGUCUGCUGCUGAUUGGCUGCAAUGUGUCUGCUGACUGUAAGGUACAGGGUCAUAUGUUCGCUGUCCGUGGCGAACCGUUCGGCACAUCACUAUAUUAACCCUCGUAGCUCUCCUAGCAAUAGAAGGUGAGCUAUAGUUUUCAGGACAGAAUGCAGGGAUGAACUGAGCUGUCAGUAUCACAGAAUGGUAUGAAAUAGAAUAAAAAGACCGUAUAUCCAAAAAUGUAAAGAGAAACCCAAACUAAUAAUCAGAAUAACUUCACCAAAGGGCAUGUUGAAAAAUAAAAUGCAGAAUUUGCAUCACUGAAAAUCAGGUUGAUUAACAAGCUGUCACCCUUCAAGCUUCAGUUCUGAACCAGAGUGUUUGUAGACUGUAAUUCCUGGGUAUAUAUUCUGAAGAUAUCUCCAGCUACAUUCUUUUUUAAAAUUUAUUUAAAUUACUUCAUCCUACGAUAUAUAUGAAGAAAUUCGGCAUUGUUCAGGCACAUCACCCAAGAACACAAAUGUUAUGUAAAUAAUGAGUGUCCCAGGGAAGCAUGUGACCUUAAAGUGACACUAUAGUCACCCAGACCACUUCAGCUCAAUGAAGUGGUCUGGGUGCCAGGUCCCUCAGGUUUUAACCCUUCACAUGUAAGAGAAACUGCUAUGUUUACAUAGCAGGGUUAAUCCAACCUCUAGUGGCUGUCUUCCUGACAGCCGCUAGAGGCGCCUCUGCGAUGCUGGAUGUGAAAUUCGCAUUCAAUGUGCAGAACGUCCAUAGGAAAGCAUUGAGAAAUGCUUUCCUAUAGACAAUUUGAAUGCGCGCGCGGCACUUACUGCGCAUUCCGCUCCACUCGGGAGCUGACGGUGGGCUGUGGAGAGGUCACCAGCGCCAAGGGAGCCCGGUGCUGGAUUAAGGGAAGUAGCUGAAGGGGUCUUAACCCCUUCAGCGCCACGGGAGGGGGACCCUGAGGGUGAGGGUCCCCCAAGGAUGACAUAGUGUCAGGAAAAAGGGUUUGUUUUCCUGACACUAUAGUGAUCCUUUAAACAUUUGUUGUGACUUUAUAGCAAAUGAUUGGCUUUAAGUUGAUUUUUUUUUUUUGUGGUUUUAGUUAUCACUAAACAUUAUAAUGAAAUGUGAUUUAGUGACAACUCUGAUACUGAAAUCCAGAACAGCCCAUGCGCUAUGCUGGCAGGUGGAACUAUUGCUAGAUCUUUACCAUACCUUCCAAUAUUUCAUAUAGGCAGAGACCGGCACUUUAAUUUUAGGUGUGUUUGUGGGGUGUGGUCAGGGGUGUCCUGCUCUAAGAAAUUGGUGACUUACUAAUAACCGUUUAUGCAACUACAAUGUAAUUUAGAACAAGAACAAUGUAUCUUGUUUACACAGACUGAUUUCUAAAUACAUUUAAUGUAGUUUAAAGACACAUUACUGGGAGUAUUAUUGCUGUGGGACUUUGUUAUACACUCAGACACACCAACAAAAUAGAGCUCCUCUAUAAAGAGGGACAGAUGUGGGCACAUAAUAGGGACACUUGGGUGGUGUACUCUACCUAGGUCACAGCAGUCCAACCUUGACUUAAUUUCAGAGAAAUUUUAAACACCUGGUCGUUCCACAGUCUACUGUAUAUGGUCAUCAACUGACCACUCUUCUGCAUUUUUAGCAAACGAUUGACUACCUUCACCAAGGAGGAGCCCCUCCUAUAUAAAAGCUCUGUUGUUCUGCAAUUUUACUAUGGAGGUAGCCAAAGGCUAGAUCCCUGGACGACUGGCUGUAUAACUACGACUGCCGUGUCCUGAGAAUGGGAGAGAAUCACGUUGUAAUUCUUAAUCUGCUUCGGAUCUACAAUGUGGUCUCCCAAAGCCUCAUUGACUAAACCAAUAUAUUGUGUUCUCUCAGAGGCUCCAUCGAUGGCACCUAUAGAAUGAUGGCUUACAAAAACUGACUCACCUGGGAACCUUCAGGCUGCAUGUUUCACACGCGAAAGGUUUAAUACAUUUACCAGAAUCUUGUAAAACAGUAAGGGCUUGUCACAUCACUGCAAGGUAUUUUGCAAUCUGUAUGAGGAGUCAGUUUUCUGAAAGAAUACAGAUAUUACCAUACAUUGGAUUCAUCUGUAUCCGGUGAAUAAAUUAGUUGACGACAACAAAUUGAAAAAAGGGUUUUAUUCACUAAACCAAUUCCUCGAGGCUCCCUUUUCUUUUGUAGGUUUUGCACUCCAUUCGUUUUACAGCUUCCAUAUUUUGACUUUAGAUUUGCAGCUACUUUUGUCAGCUCUUAACCAAAACUGCGCAUUGUGUUCUGGUCUUCCCAUUUAAAGGGGAAUUUCUACAUUUCUAUUCCUGGUUUAUUUGGUCUGUUUAUCCCAUUAAACAAUACUAUUAAUGUAUUUUGUCAGCAAGGUGGCAUAAUACAAUCAGCUUUUACUUAAUGGCUGUACUGGCUAGUAAUUCCUCUGUUUUGAUUAUAAAAUGUGCUUCAUUUUGCCAUGAUAUCGUUUUCUUCCUGUGGACGUUUGAAAUUCAGUCCCGCAUUUUGCUUUCAGUAGUGAAUCAGCUUGAGAAUUCCACUUACAGAAUCUGCGGCUGCAUGUUUUCUAUUCGAUUAAUUCUAGUUGGGCUUGCAAGCAUACAAGAUCAAAAUCAAUUGGUAUGAAAACUGGAAAACUCACACACUAACCGUACACUUUUUUUCAGUUUCCUGGAAGAGAUGAACCAUGGGAAACAAAAGUAAUUUAAAAAUGGUAACUUUCUAUGUAUGAGUCUCGGCUAUACAAUAGCUUAUUCCAGGUGUCCGAGGUAUAAAUUACCUUAGUUAUUGCAAACUACAUAACAUGGUGUUUGCCUGUUGCAGUCACAUUUCAAUGUAAAAAUUCAUAAAUCUUUUUGGCUCUCAGUUGCACUCGAGCCUUUGUAUAACAGUAAUUUGAGCUGGAAAUGUGUUAAGACAACUUUUUCACAAAAAUAGUAUAGAAUCAGUUCAAUACAAAAAACAUUAAAGGAACACUAUAUGGUCAGGAACACAAACAUGUAUUCUUGACCCUAUAGUGAUUAACCCACCAUUUAGGUGACCUCCCCCCUCUUAGCCCCCUUAGAAUAUAUUAAAACUCACCUUAUUUGCCUCGAUCCGCCUCCUUGGUGACAUCACCAAGGAUUGGCUGAAAUCAAGCAGGAGAUGGGAUGGGGGCGGGGCCAAACACCAUUUUGGCCAAUCAUCACCUCCUCAUAGAGAUGCAUUGAAUCAAUGCAUCUCUAUAAGGAAAAUUCAGCGUCCCCAUGCAGAGCGUGGAGACGCUGAAUGGCACUGCUGCCUACUGUGCAGCACUGCCCCAGGAAGCACCUCCAGUGGCCAUCUGAGGAGUGGCAACUUGGAGGUGUAAACAUAAAAAUGCCUGAAGGCAAUGAUUUAUACUCACCAGAACAACUACAUUAAGCUGUAGUUGUUCUGGCGAGUAUUGUGUCCCGUUAAUAACCGUUAAUAUCAGAAAUAGACCAUGGGGGGUUAGAGAGAUACAAUAGAGAAAGCAUGACAUUUCACUCCAAAUCUGUGCUUUUUUUUAAGCUGCCUCCACAUUUUUAAGUUGACUGUGGCUAAGAUUGGAAAUGCCUUUUAAGCAUGUGUAAUUUCCAUGAAAUGCCCUGCCUGUGCCUUUUUAGAAGGCUGAGAAAGGGAUAGUGUGGUGGUGUGAGUGGUUGAGUAUGGAUCCACACUAACGGAUGGUCACUUUUUAGGUAUGUGUUUGAAAAUGCCCAUAUCUCAAACAUGACCGAUUUGUUCUAUUGAAUCCACAUUGUUAAAGCGGACGUUAUAUUUUGGAGUCUACAUCCUUGCACGACACAGUAAAGAUGGCCAUUGUAUUGUGUGCUGUUACAUGAUUUGGUUUCCUUGGAAUAAUUGUUGUGCAGAUUAAGGACUGUGUGUGCGUUGGAAACUAUUCUGUACUCAAACAAGACUUAGUGUUUGUAUUUAAUUUAUAUCUUUAACAGGAAGCUGACACAACCUAAUUCUUGAAGACUUAGAAGGUUGAUAAACUUACAAAACUUACUUCUGUACUUGAAAUGAUGUAACUAUAUAUAAUAUAGGGGUACAUAUAUUCAUACACAGUAUAUCGGCAAUCACAGACUUUGCAAGCAAAUUCAUCAUAUUAGUGUAGAAAAUGGUGUCAACGUUUCAGUUCCAGAACGGAACUGUCUUUGUCCUGGAGAAAGUUCCAAUCUGAAACUGAAACAUUGACACCUUUUACUCUGCUAAUAUGAUGAAAUAAGGAGGAAAUUAACUUGCAAUGUUUGUCAGUGCUCAGAUAUUGUGGUUAAAUCAUGUGUGUGUGUGUGUAUGUAACACUUUGAAAUGUUCAAAUGUAUCUUGUUACAGUAAAAAAAACUUUUUUUUUUAUGUUUCCUAACCACACCUUGUACACCAGACUUGUUAAUAUGCCUGCGGGUGUCCUGGUUAAUAGAACACGGUUUCGAAGCAUGUAUGCGAUACAGCUCAAUUAAUAUCUCUAUGUCAGGAAUUCAAAGAGAAUUUAAAGGAGAAUGAAAAUUAAAGCAUGAUUGUGACGCUUCCAAAAAUCAAUACAAGAUGAAGUGAAGAGCAAUAUAAAAUAACAUCUUCCUAUCAGAUUGUGGUGCAUUAGGAAGAUUUAUCCACAAAACUUGUGUUGUGGUGAAUUAAAGCAAUAUUGCAAAAAAAUUGCCAAAACAUGGAAUUUGUCAGUUAAGCACAAUGUAUUAUUUAGCAAAAUACCUAUUUACAUGUAACCCGCCUCCCCCAUUCUCUACUUCCUAAGUUUACUCAUAACGUUUCGGUUAAAGGGCAAUAAUGGGGUUGUUCAUCGUUUGUUAUUAACCCUGUUACUUUCUGUUUCAUAUUGAAGUUUAUGACUAUAUUCCUAGAAUUUAGCAUUCUUAUCUCCCCAGCCUUGUUCAGCAACUCGGUUUAGUUUGUUUGCAAUGUGCCACAAGACUAGUAAAUAUUGAUAACAAGGAGGAAUGCAUUCCUUGUUGAAACAAACAGAUCAUUUUCAGUAAUAAUUUACAGGUAAUAACAAUAAUAAUUAAAAAACAAACCAAAAAAACUUUCAAUUGCUUCUGCAAGCAUCACGUACUUAAAGGUAUAGUACAAAUCUGCAUGUCCCUGUCCCUAGUUAAAUUCAGGCCCCAUCCUACCCCCUGUGUAACAAAAACAAAAACUAAAGAUUUUUACUCAUCUUUCACAAUCACAGUGGCUCCCUUUGUGCUUCUUAGCUCUCUGCCUCCCGUAACAUCAUGGAGGAGGAAUGGCCUCUUCUGCCAAUGGUCUGAUCCAAUGCUCCUUGAGAAGUGGAUUCUACCCAGCAAUGUAAACAUUCUGAAAACAUCCAAUGGCUUACAUUGCUGGGUUAAAUGGACAGGACACCACGGCAACCAGAUCACUACAUUGAGAUACAUAGUGAGGCGACUCUUCUACUGGCAUACACAUUGAUACAUCAAUGUCCCUGUAAUGCUCUUAAGGAGUAGAUAAAUCUAUUUCUUUUUAACUUCUAUUAGUUAAUCAGAUAAAAAUGUGCAAUUUGAGUUCUUUAUAUAUAACACAAAAUUAUUUCAGUGAAGGCAACAAAGUAAGUUUGCAGAGGGCCUGAAAACCAUGGCUUUGCAACAAAACAAUUUUUUUUUAAACAUUCUUUUGGCACCUAAAAAGUUAAAUUUUGGAUUUGCAGUUUCAGUGCCUUUCUACAUUCUUUAUAUACAGUGGUACGUCGGCUUACAAAUGCUUCGGUUUACAAAUGAAAGUCCAUUGAAAAUAAUGCCUCAGUUUACAAAAAUUUUUCGCAAUACAAAGUAAGUUUCCCCUGGAUGUACUGCACCUGGGAGGUUUAUAGCACCGCCCCCUGUGGGUAGCACGUGGCAUCGAGUGUGGAGGUGUUGGAGCGGCUUUUGCAUCGAGUUCUGGAGUCAUUCUGGAAAUUGUUUGCAGUUGUUUUGGGACUUUUUGGUGCAUUUCUCAAGCUGUGGAAUGGUAGGGAGCUGAGCAUCAUCGUUUGCAUGCCUUUUACUGUGUGUUCGGCAUUGUGGGUUGGUUUCCAUGCCAGUUCAUUUUGACUUUUUUUCUGACCUCCAGAACGGAUUAAUUGGUUUUCAAUGCAUUCCUAUGGGAAAACACAUUUCGGUUUACAAAUGUUUCACAAUAAGAAACGUCCCGGAGAACGCAUUAAAUUUGUAAACCGAGGUCCCACUGUAUUUAGGAGAUCUAGGUGAUAUUUUGUAGGUUCCUUCCACUAAGCUGGUUUGCCAGUUGCAGUGGGAAAUGUUCCCUCAAGUCUCACUUCCUUGUUUUAGUAUAACUUACUGCAGAAGAUGCAAAGCCAACUAGCUUAAUACCCACAUAUAGUUAAAGGGAUAUCCAGGAUCCCUGCUCAAGCUACACGCACUGAACUUUCUAUUGUCACCCAGUUACUAGAGCAGUGAUCGAGUUAACACAGGCGAGUAGCACAUUCUCAGAGUUAUUCACUAAAGUGAGGAUUGUCUAGAAUUCAAAGUAAAUUUCAAAUUUAAGGCCAGAGUAGCCAAAUUGUAAAAAUUCUCCAAAUCAGCUAUUUUGGUCUUAAAUGUGAAAUUCUUGGAAUUCCAGACAAUUGCUACUGACUUCAAUAACCCUGUUUAUCUUCUUCAGGUUCACAGCCACAGGCUAUUAUGGAGACAGACAGCGGUUUCUAUGGUUAUCAUGAGUCACAGACUCACAGCAUUAUAAUCCAUGUGGAUCCUGAAAUCUAUAGUAUAAAUUACCUUUAGUGUAAUUAAUAAAAUCUGUUCACAGAUGUUUGAAACGAACGAUAAAAAAAGAUUUUCAAUAGGCUUCACUGUCUUUACUGAUAAAAAAAAACCUAAAUAGAUUUCCCUGAAAUUGUUAAUUUGCAGACCGCUUUUUACUCCUCUUCCUGGUUUAAAAAAAAAAAAAAAAAAUAGCUGCAUUGCACUCAUUUUAUUUUAUUUUGUCUUGUCUUUGCCUUCUGAUUGGUUAUCAGUAAAUUCCAAUCAGAGAGAAAAGACAAAAUUAAAUUAAAAAAAAGUGCAAUGCAACUAUUCGGAACCCUAGUCUAGUUCUCGGCCUCUUAUUACUUACUUGUCCUAAAAUACAAAUCUACGUUGGCCCAUGUGUAUCCUAAACACAUUUUGUAUCAAUGUUUUAUGAUGUUCAAUAUAUGUUUUAGAAUUUUACCUGCACAUUUUAAUGUUUUUUUUAUUUUUUUACAAUUCUUUAUUUUUGUUGUGCAUUAAGACAGUAACAUCUUGGCAAUGACAUUGAGCGCAAAGCAGUAUAAGUAAAAGAAAUACAUGCUUAUAGUGAAAGCUUAAAAUGUCCUGAUCGGCUGCACUUUUAAAAGAGAAAAUAAUGCUGGUUAAACAUGUCUAGGUACAUGUAAAAUACAAAAUGUGCUAUCGUACGAGAAAUUCCAGACAUGGAGAAUCUAUAGUAUGCAUAGGUUUAUACAAGCAUGCUAGGUUAAUGGAUAGUUAGUAAGCUUGCAUAGAAUACCACUGGUAGGAUGAGUAGCUAGAGGAAAAUACAACCGGGAACUAUAUAAACAAUCUACAGCUACUAGUUGAUUUAAGCAGAUUAGUAAUAAAGUAAAAUAAACAAUAAUCAAGUUAAUCAUAUCUGCAGUAAGAGAGGCUGUUUAAAAGACAGGCUGUAGGUAACUUCAGCCUAUGCCGUUGGAGGGGGAGUCACUGCCACUAGAAUGCUGUAGUCCAGCUAUAUCGAUAGAUUGACCCCACCGGUCCCACAUUGCAAGGCUCUUGUGAAGGCAGGAGUAGAGAGUAUAGGAGAGAUCUAGGACGCUGCAUGCUUGGGACUCCUCAGAGUAAGCUCUGUGCUGCGGUAGUGUGCUGUCGUCAUGUCGAGAUGAGAGGGGGGAGCAUUCUACAGCAGUCCCGUGUUCGGCGUCUGUUAGCUGAUUUCCGUGGCUGCAAGGCAGGGAUGCCGAGUGUGCUGGAGUGGGCUUUGGUAGUAAGUGGUCUCAGUGCAAGUGAUGUGGUCCAGCAGAACCUCUCUGGCCAUGUUUGACAGGUGGGCGGCUGUGUGAAGGCUUUCGGCCUUGAGCUUGAGUCACUGGAGGGGGUAGAGUGCUGGGAGGAAGCUCAUAAGGUGGGCCACGGUGUGGCUUUGGCAAGGGAGGUUGUUGGAGGCGGUGUUGUAGCUUUGCCCAGAAGUCCUCAAAGAUCCUGUCCAGCGUGGACAGAUGUGGGUCCUGGGUGUUGGGCUGCAAUGCACACAUGGCGUCCGCCGUCUUGUAUUGUCUCUGUGUGCCUUCUGCCCGAUUAGGCCGCAGUGCUGUAAAGCCCCGUUUCGGCAGGGAUGUCUCCUAGACCGGGAUGACCCCCACCGGUCCAGAGGGGGGGAUGAUUCCAGCAGCUUACUGAGUAGUCCUGGCGGGAGAUCGGCCGUCUCUCCACUUGUCAAGGUCCACCAGGUUGCAGUACGCUUGAUCUACUCUCCGGGAUCGUGUCCACAAAGGUGAGUUACAGUCGCUCUAAUAUAGCUCAGGUGCAGCUACAGACAGUUAAAGGUCUUGGUGAGUUGCAUAUCAGUCGAGUUUUUAGACAUAAAACUGCUAUUAAUUGUAUAAAAGUUCAGAGAUCAUGUAGGAUACGUCUACCCGGCAUGGCAGUCAGGCCCCGCCUCCCUUUAAUGGUUUUUACUGAUAUAAGAGAUUUUAACACCCUGUGUUUACCAUGCAAUGUAAAGUAGCUUUCUCUGGGGUGUGCUGAUUUGUUAAAACAAAUACGGGAAUAUCUACUUUAAUGUUUACACCAUGGCCCCAGUGAUUUGAUGGUCCAGCAGAAGAUUUGAGUGUUUAAAAAAAAAAAAAAAAAAAGAUUCAAGAUCUGUUUGUGACUAAAAUGUAAGUUCUGCUGUCUGGUCACAAUGACCAUAUAAUUCUAGAACAUCUUAUCUCUAAAAUCUCCAACUGAGUUUCUCUGUUCUCUAGUUCUCUCUCAGCGUGAUUGACGAGCAGCAGGUUAUUCAGUCCUGGUGUCUUCUCAUGAUUUCAUUUAUUUUUUAAACAUAUAUUCCCAUACCUCCCAAGUGUACCCAGUGGUGUACACAUGACCUAUGUGACCUAUGGGGCCCCGGUGCGAAAAUUGAUCCGUGACCCCCCGCGCUUACUCUGUGUGGGCUAGGGCCGCAACACAUGGCGGCGGGCACCUGGUCGCAGAGGUCGCAGGGCUGCGACCACGGUAUGUACGCCAGUGCAUGCAGAUGCAUACACACUUUACAGACACCCAGAUCACAUCAGCUCAAUGAAGUUGUCUGGGUGCCAAAUCCCUCUAGUUUUAACCCUGCAGCUGAAAACAUAGCAGUUUCAGAGAAACUGCUCUUUCACUGAGGGUUAUUUCAGCCUCUAGUGGCUGUCUUACUGACAGCCGCUAGAGGUGCUUCCGCAAUUCUCACUGUGAAAGUCACAGUGAGAAGACGCUGGAUGUCCAUAGGAAAGCAUUGAGUAAUACUUUCCUAUGGGCGGUUUGAAUGCGCGCUCAGCUCUUGCCGCGCAUGCGUAUUCGGAGCUGAGAGGUGGAACGGGGCGGAGGGGUUUUAAACACACACACACUCUCACGAACAGACGCAUACACACUAGCUAACACACACACACUAGCUAACACACACACACAUUUACUGACAGAGACACUCAGCGACAUACAUACAUACUCACUGACAGACAGACACAUACACACUCACAAAACAUACUCUCACUGACAAACACACUCACUAACAGACAUUAAACAGACUCACUAACAGACACACACAAACACACUCAGUUUGUUUAAUCUAGAAUUUCUUAUCUCCUGCUAUUUAAAUAGCAUUGUAGACACUGCAGGAUCUUCACGUGUGUGAGUAAAGUUCAGUUUAUAGAGCAUGAGAUAAAAACAUCUAAAGUAAGUUAACACCUGAUUGAAAAUGAAACCAAUUUUUUUUUUCUAUGCAGAUGGUAUGUCAGUCACAGCCCGGGGACGUGUGACUAUGUUGCAUGAGCAAAAACAAAGGUUAUUUAACUCCUAGUUGGCAGAGAAUUGAGCUUUGAGACUUCAGGGAUAUGAGCUACACACCAAAACUGCUUCAUAGUCUAAAAUUGUUUUGAGGCCUAUGGUGUCCCUCUAAACUUCAAAACAAUGUGUUUAUAAAUUUGUCUGUGUAUGCAAUCACCUGAAAUGUCUCAGAAACCACCUAAAGUGAAAGUGACCCUCGUGGACUCUUUAAAAUCUAUAUACUACUCCUGCUCCUCAUAAGAACGCAGGCACUUCUUUACAAACAACACAUUUAUUUGUUGUAUUUAAAUCCUGUCCUGCAAGAUGGAGGAGUUAAAGCUUCUGAGUUUGGUACCAGCGAUUCCAGUUUUUUUCAGUGUACAGAUUUUGAGAUCUGAGUAUUGUAGCUGCAUUGAGCUAUAUUUGAAAGUUAGGAGACCAUUAACUUCUCUUUUCAGUGAGAGUAAUUUGCUGGGGAAACUCCCAUUUAAUUGGAGAGCUGACAUGGUGCUGUCAUCGCCGAUUUGCAUGAAUGUACGGAAAUUAACCACCGGGGUUGUGGUUUGGGUGUCUGCAAAACUCAGUCAAAAAAAUAUUAAACCAGAAUAUUGACUGGUGAUUAUUAUUUCAUUUAACCCCUUAAGGACCAAACUUCUGGAAUAGAAGGGAAUCAUGACAUGUCACACAUGUCAUGUGUCCUUAACCCCUUGAGGACCAAACUUCUGGAAUAAAAGGGAAUCAUGACAUGUCACACAUGUCAUGUGUCCUUAAGGGGUUAAAAAACAUUUUUUUUUUUAUCUCUUAAGGGAGGCAAACACUAUUAUUGUGACUAAUCCACGAGAACAAUACAUUAUUUCCUGGGGAAAUCGAACUGUGUGCGUUGAUCUUUAUAUGGAAUCACGCAAAUAGCCGCAGUGAUUAAAUGUAUUAUGAAGUUUCCUGCUGCAUUGUAAAUUAAUAUCUGGAUUUUACAUGACAUUUUACCUGCAGUUGCUACUUUGUAUGUGCUAAGGAAAUGCAUUUAUGUUGGUACUUUCUAACAAUUUGUGUUCUCCAAGUAUGCCCAAUUAAACAGUCAGAAUCGAAUUAUUCUGUUAUAAAAUUGCUUUGGAUUGACUCAUUGUAUUCUGGGCAAAAAGGAUGCCUGUUACUAUAGAAACCAUGAUAUCUACAGGAUGUGACACAUGAAUUUGUCCUACUGUGAGAUACGUAAUUCUCUGGUAAGGCCAAUUAACCGUUUUUAAAUCGUUUAUUUUCUGUAACAUUAAAAUUAUUUUUGAAGUUAUGCAUAUUUACAUGUCUGUAACUCCCCUGGAUUUACCGGCUUACUCCGAAUACUUAAAUGACCCUGAAAAGGUAUUACUAUAAGUGGGGAGAAGUAAUUAGCUGUAAACUGAGUGGAAUUCAAGGGGCUCUCUAAGCACCAUAACCACCUGCUGCCCCCUCUCCAGUUCUUUGCCAAAUCAUGUUCGGUUUAACACAAACCAAGAGUACCCCAGGUGCUGACAACCUGGCCCUUUGCUCAGUUUAGCUUACUACUAUUACAGAAGAUAUAUUUCUGCAUUAGCAAUAUCAAUUCCUUACGUACUUAGAUGACAUUCAUAAAAAAUAAAUUAAAAAAAAUUGGUAUUGCUAGGGUGAGAGACUAACUUUUACAUUACCGAUAUGGACAGCCAUGGCCGAAAAAACUGUUUAUAGCCCCAGUACUGAUACAGUACUGGGAGAUCAUCUCAGGUACAUACUGGUAUCGUAAUCACUAUUAACUUUAAAUUCUUUUUUUUAGCCCAUGAUUGUUGUAUUUUGCAUAUUUUUUCUCCUGUGUUUUAACACAUUGAUACAUAUAUGAGUAGAUCAAUCCAUCAGAAAUUUUACAGGGUUGAAAUAAUGCACAGAUUGCCAAACAUUAAUCAAAUUUCAGACCAAAGUAGCUGAAUUGGAUACAGUAUCAAACUUCUUUUGUCCUGAAAGUUAAAAGCCCCCCACCAGUUCCUGAUAAUCCCCCCUAAAAAAAAAACACUAAAAAAGAAACUAUAAAUGUAAUACUAGCACGGUAAUCGUUCUGAGAUUUUAUCUACAUUGUGUAAGACAGAGUGCUAGAAAUUAUAUAGCUGUAAAGUGUAAAAAAUUUAAUUUGUUUUGAACUUAUGAUUCCCCAGGAAGAGGGCAGCAAGGGGAACAAACAAAGUGAUUUUUUGGUGUCAGUAAGAAAUGUUUCAUAUUCUCUUUGUAAGCAAUGUUUUCCAGGUUCAAAUAAGCUCCUAUAAACUAGACUUGUGCAAAAAUCUAUUAUUGGUUAUUCAUUCGACUAGAAUUCCUGUUAAUCAAUAUUGGAACAAAUCGAUUCUGAAUCUCCCAAUUGUUCUUACCUGCACAGGUAAAACCACAGGUAAUCGAUUCGCUUUGACAGAUGCCAGGAAUUUGGUACAGAUGAACCGGCUCUCAAAUAAAUGUUUGCACAAGUCUAUUUCAGAUAAUGUACUACUGACCCAUGUUACAGUUUCUAUCCUGUUCUGAUGAAUGAAAGGGCUGCGAGGUGUGUACACUACAUUGCUUGGCGAAUGAAUUGAGCAUAAUUGUGGCACUGAAAAGGUUACAGUGAAAUGGAUACAGUAAUCCUUCUUCUGGAGCAGGCUUCCCUCCCCUGUUGUGUUUACAGAAUGGCUAAGCUGCUGUUGGCAUUGUUAGUUGUGACAAGACACGCUUAUGGUUGGCAAAGGCCUUGGCAUCUUGUGACAUCUCAGCAGUGGCAGCAUAUGCUUACUGUGUAAUCUCCGGCAUCCGCAAGCUGUGUCCGCCCCCACCCCCCUAAUCACAUGGGGAGAGGGAACCUAUGGUACACCAAGCAGGAUGUUUACUUUCUGCGGCUGAAAAUAAGCCGGAGUGUUCUAAACAAAAAUAACAUCAUAUUUUUACCAUGGUAUAACUCCAUGUCAUGGACGGGCUAAAGGAAAACUGUUUAUUAUUCAAAAAUGGCACAAAAACUGCUUCAGUUUUUAGGUUGAUUAAGCUAAAGUUGUUUUGGUGACUACAGUAUCCCUUUAGGUCAAUAUUGUCCCAGAGCAGCUGAAAAUAAAUGUCGUCCCAAAGCUGAUAAAUGUGAAAUUGCCAAUAUACUGUAUAUUUUGUAACAAACGUAACAAUCAAAGGAAUAAGCAUUGGCUGCACAAAGUUUGUAAGGGAAUACUAAGGAGUCCUCCAUUUGCUACCUAAAGUACAUGGAAUGAACUGUAUAAAGUGUAGAUCUAAGAAAAACUUUAAAGUUUAAAAUAAAUAUGGUGCUGAUGAAGAUACAAAGGGAGAAAUUAGGUGUGAUCAGCUGCGUAUUAGCAUCACGUACUCAAAAUAUUGAGCAAUAGGCCGAAUGAUCGCCAGACUAAACAGAAUUCCUGGAAACAUAUGUGUCCAUUAAUCACGUCUUUACAUAUCUCUAUUCUGUUGUGCUUUGCCCUGUGGAAAUUGUAAAAAACAAACAACAUUUUUUGGCCCAUACUGAUAGAGCAGAUAUUUCACAGAAAUACUAUUUAAAUUUUGGAUACAUAGACAUUCACCCUUGCUAGAAGAGAUGCUAGGGGAUCCAUGAACUGCAAAGGAAAGUAGUUUGGGGAUUCAAAUGGAAAUCUUUAUUUAUUAAAUAAAAAUAAAUGGCAAUUGGCAAAGCAUCAUGGGAGGUGUAGUUGACAAUGUGAACCAAAAGAUGCCAUUAAGGCACUCUAUUAUCUUCGCAGUAGAUUGAGUAAGAGACAUCUUGUUGGACCAAGGUUGCGAGAGAAUCUUUCCAUAAACAUUUCUUAUCUCAUUGAGCAUUGAAUUUGCUUGUGGUUCAGGUAUAUGUUUAGUUUUGAGAAUUGUCCUGAAUCUCUUUUAGAGAAUACAGUGAACAUUCUCACCAAUUAUCUGCUCAGAGACCUUACCUUGGAUGAAUUGCAAAGGGAUUGUCUCAUACAAAACAAAUAUGUGGGCCCAAUAAGGGGUGCAGACAGAUUGUUUAUGAGCAUCUUUGUGUCUAAAUUAGCCAGAGUUUCUUAAUAUCGGUUGCAGACAUCAGUAAAGGAUUGCACACAGGUAUAUGGAAAACCCCUCCUUCUGGAGGCCAUCUUUAGGCAUGUAUGGUCCGGGUAAAACCGAUGUGUUCUUAGCAAGCCCAAACUCGCCCCUUUAUGAGACACCUUAUCUUAUCUUAUAAUUAAUGUUAAAUGUUAUGGUGUGUAUGACAGACUAGAUCUUAAUGCCUUUAGGUACUCACUGUAAACAUGAGUCUUUCGUUUUGGCAGAACAACCUUUUUAUAAUUUAUGUUUCUACUUAUUACGUGUAUGUAUAUUUAUUGCUACCAUACGGCAUUCCGCUUAUCUCAAUAGUUUAUAGUAUAACUUCUGGGACGGAUUAUAUCCUUGAACUCUGUUCUAUAGUUCUGCGCUACAGGUAACUUUUAACAAACGAGAAUUGUCUCGUUAUUUACAAGAAAUUAGUGCUUUGUUAAGUACCUGAAUUUUGCAUAAAGUGCAGAGAGCAGCUGUAAACUAGCCUAGGACUUUAAACCAGUAUAGACAUGUCGGAAAAUAUGUUCAUCUGAUAAGUGGCAGGCGAAAAGUUCAAUUAUCUUCCUUCAUCAUGGGAAGAUUUUAUUAACGUCAUCGUUGCCACGGCUAAGCAGUAAACUUUUAACGAACUUGCAGAUAAGGUUUAGUGGUCCAUUCAUUUUGUUAAUAUAUAUAUAUAUUUUUUCCCAAUAAUAUUCCUACUGAAUCUUAUAAUUUGAAGUAUUAGGACAGUUGUUUGCGCAAUGGAUGGAACUUAACGCAAUGUUUUGUUUCAGCUGCCAAUCAAGUUUUUCCACAAUCCAUCAGGGAAACAGCAGACAUCAUGGGCAGAGGAGAACAAAAUGGCUGCCCCCCCUGAUAUUGAGGUCAAUAAGGCAGAAAUGAUAAUAACUAUAAAUAAAGUCAAGUCUUAAAAGGGAGAGCUUAAUCAUUAUGAUACAGGCGGCACAAGGAAAAUAAAACCAAAAGAAAAAAAUAUAUUUACCUGGCCGCUUUAAGGGUGUGUAAUCAGAUUUCUAUUUGUACUUACUGUUUGGGAUAGGGUUAUAUGUUACAUACAUAUCCUCUGAGUACCUACAGAAAAAUAUUUUUAAAGAUUAAGAUUUCUAUUACAAUGGCGUCAUAAUUGGCUUUUAUUAAACAAAUCUUUUUGAUUUACGUGUGAGACUUAUUAGUCUCACUGAUUGCCGUAUUGUUUUAACUUGAUUCCUUGGAAAAACAAAUAAAAAAAGAUAUUUAAAAAAAAAAAAAAUCUCACUUAACUCAGUAACUGAUACUCUGCAUCAAGAACUUACAGUUUCAACAAACUGCUGUGAACAUCCCAUGAUCCUCCUGUGAUCAGCAGCUAUUUGUUGAGUACUCUGUAAUCUAAAGCAAUACAUGACACUUUGUGUUUCAGUUGGCGUAUUAUUAGGAUAGGUUGUGCUUGGUUUGGUUGGUGAUGACCAGCAGGUAGAGAAUAUAUUUCAGGUAUUUUUGGAAUUAUUGUCUUUACUCAGGUCCUUAUUAAUUUACAUUGCAUUGCAAGUUUUAGGUAUAAAAUGUCGUAAUGCUAUAACUCCACCCUUUGUGUUUUCUUCAAAUGAAAACAUAAAUUUAGAGACUACAUAGUUGUGACAUGGUUGAAAGUGGAUGGUACGCACAAGGAGACAGGUAAUGCAUGACGUAGAGUAGACGGGGAUUACUAGAAAGGACGAACAAACGUCACUUCUUAGUAUCUUUGUAAAAAAACAGAAAUAGAGCAUUUCACAAGUUAUGGCGCAAAAUAUUUCCACUUGACCAUCUGACACGCAGAGUAUGCUGCCAUUUUGUAUUCAUGUCAUUUUUUGGACGUGGUGGACAUAGACGAAAGGAUCAUUCAUUGAGGGACAAUGCCCUUAAUUAAUAGUGAGGACAGUACUUUGAACCCCUAUAUCCAUUUGUGGUCCGUUUUCUUUUUACUCUUGGAAUACAUUGUAUCUCUGAAUUCUUUUUGCUUGUAGGAUUGUUGUGACUAAUCUUUUUAGCAUUCUUGUUUGCUCUCAGGUGUAGAGGAUGACUUGGCCUUGGCAGAGGAAUGCCGUCGCCGUGGACAGAAUGCUUUGCCCUUCCAGCCAUCGGGAAGCAGGAUCUCUAGACCACACAGGCCUCCCGGCCUCCCCAGACACGGCCAUAACUAUAAAAGUGACGAAGAAGAAGAGCCAGAUAGGCUGCGUGGUUCAAGCAAUUGGGAAUCUCCUCUUUAUUCAACAGGUGUGCAAUCUGAGAUUAACAAAGGUUCUGAUGAUAUUGAGGCUUCAGUCAGACAGUCAUGCAAGUGUAAAACUCUUCCAGAGAAGCAAUGUUGCAUUCUGGUAUAAUUGCUAAACUAUUAAAAAUGACACGUCAAAAAUCUGGCUAGCUAAGGGGCAUCUGUGUAAUACCCAAAAUUAGUUGGACCUCGAGAUAAAUUUUUUAUGGGCUCUUUUUUAUUUCUCAGGGUAUAUCAGAAUUAUUAUAUACAUUUAUUUAUAAAGCACCUUUUUUUACAGCACUUUUCCUUUUUAAUAAGGUUGCCAUAUGAACACGGUGAGUUAAGAAUAUUUAAAACGAUACAUUUCAUAUCUAUCUAUCCAUAAUUGUCUUCCUAUGGCGGCCAUUAGAUACUAAAUAUCUGCGCUGAAAAUUCUACUGAGUUGCAGCAUCAUUUCUUAGAUCUGCCAUUGAGGUUUAGCUAAUUUUGACCUUAGAGAGCCUGGUUACAGUGAUCUAUCUGUGAAUAAUAUAUAAAAUGUGUGUAUUUUCCAAAACUUGCUUUAGUUAGACUUAUAAUUCUUUAAGUUCAUAUGUAUUUACUUAGAGAACAUAUGGUUGUGACCCAGUGUCAAAUUUUAGGUGUCUUGAAGUGCGUUAAAUAUGAUGAUGGGUAAAUAUUUAGGUGAAAAGAACACUACUUAUUUUGUUAAUUCUGAAGAGUUAAACUUAACAUUCAAGAACAGUAAACACACAUUGAUCAUGUUUAAAAGUAGAAUUUAAGUUCACAAUCCCUUGACAGUUCAGACUAACCCAAGAAAAAAAAAUGAAAUUAUGUUACUAUUGCCCUCUUGAUACACAUUGUGGCAGUUAUGGCUAAUGCUGGCACAGCAAAUGUUUGUGAUCUACAUUGCCGGUGAGCUCAACCAACCUCUAGGCAUGAUGGGAAAUAUAGUUCACAAAUAUUUACAGUUCCAAGGUUAGAUGUCAUUGGCAUACAGUAUUACCCCAGGCCUCUGAAAGUCACGUAGAACUAGAAUGCAUGCUAACAGGUCCGAACAUGUUUUCCUGCAUUUGGUUUUAAGAAAUAUAUAUGUUUUGGAUGUUUUUUUCCUUCCCUUUCACAGAAAACCUAUUUCAGAAAAUAUAAAGGUAAAUAGACAGCAGAGGAAUAAAAACAUGUGUUUAUAUCACUCAAGAACCCUUGAAGAGACUUGUAAAUAUUCUGCAUGGGUUUCUGAAGGCCAAGUCCAUUAAAGGUCAUGGGUAGUUUAGAGAGAAUUAUAAGGUCAAGCAUUGUCUAAUUAACAUACUCUUUAAAGGCUUUUCAAGCAGUUUGACAAAAAAAGGGCUCCAUGAACACUAUAUCCUCGACCCUCAUCCACAGGGCUGUACUGACAAUUAGCAAGUGGUACUUUUGCAUCCACCACAUCGGUAACAGAGAUUGUGGGAGAACCUUGAGUUUUGUCAAACGUCUCUAAAAUGAUUAGGCAGAAAAUGGGGGAUAGUACCUCACUCCCUAAUUACUACAAUAAGAUUUAGUGGUUACAGUGCAUUUAGUGUCUGUCCCUUUAAUAUACAUACCUGGGUACUCUUUCUGUUUCCUAUACCUACAGCCCUUCCCUGAGUGGGCAGGAGAUGACUGUCUUGAACUGAAGAUCCUAUUUUAAAAAUGAGUGUGAUCACCCAGGAAGAGAUAGCACCAGUUAGAAAAAGGGGCAGUCCUGCCGCUGAGACAGCAGUUUUAGGGGGGAGCAGUCCAAGUUUUGUUCACACAGCUAGUAACUCCUUUUAAAUGUUCCGUUGUUAGAAGUAUCUAUCAGACUCUUGCAGAUUGCCUCCACCCCAACGGAAAUUGCAUUACAAUAGAUUCAACGGAAAACCAUUAGGGCUAAUGGGUAAGUAAAAUGUGAGCCGCUCCUUUUAGAUAGGAAAGCCUAGUUGUGUUUUUCUGCUAAGUGUGAUGUUCCAUUUUCAUAAAUAUACACACUAGACAUACAUUUUGUAGGCCAUUUCCAUGUAUACUCCACACAACAUUCUUCCGAUGUCUUUACACAAGGUGCAGCUGUGCUAAGCCUUUCUAUGAUUUAGUGUGGUUUUUUUUCACAUUUCUUUUUGAACCACAAAAAACAUCUAAGAAGAAUGUUUAGUGUGUGUUUAUAUACAACCUUAGGCAGAAAUUUGAAACCAAAGACAAACGUAUUUUCAUUCUCAGACGAGUGAAUGUGGAAAUGUCACCAUACCUUAGAAAACACAAAUAAACUAAACAUUUUAAACCAGUUAAAAUUUUAUGUAUAUAAAUUAUAUACUUAUACAUGUAAACACACUUAUAUACAUACAUAUGCACUCUAGUUAAAUAAGUGAAAUAUAGUUAAUUUCACACCUUUAUUUUGUGAAUCAAAACAAUAAGCAUUAUAGUAAAAGUGGAUACAGUAAAAAUUCACGUUAAAUACCACAAGCACAUAAUGUGGAUCUCCGUCCAUGUUAGCACCCAGGAGACCACUCUUUUCUUACUAUUCCAUGAGAGGGUGAUGGUGUGCUUAGUAUGAAAGGUUGGGGUACCAUUCUAAAAUUAGCAGAUUUUUCUGAAUGUCUGGAGCUCGUCCGGGUUUGUAUUGUGAAGCUCUAAUUCCCCAACCUUGAUAUCCAGAGAAGACUCUUUGGACCAGGUGGUCAAAAGUCAGACUCCAAAUAUCUGGGUCAAAUCUGGGGUGUUUGUCACUUUACUCUCACACAUUAUUUAUGUGCCUGCAGCCCAUCCUGGCAGACAGACUUUUACCUUUUCUAUUUUUUCUUGUGAAGACAUUAAUCCUUUCUGCGUUUUUUUUAGUUGAUAGAUAAUUUUACUUAUGAAAUGUUACCUUUUGGGUCAAUUAAGAAAUUCUGUUCUGUUCACUAACAGAGCGCACAGUCUGUUUCAGUUUUAUUCUUGACUGAACUACUAACUGCACCAUAUAACCACACUCCCAAAUAACCUUUCUCUGCCACUGAAUAUUUUAAUUGCAUGACAUAUUUUAAUCUAUCACACAUCCAUAACCCAGUGAGCGUAACACUAGGAUCAUGUACAAACAAUAUAAAAUAUAUAUGAUUUUUCUUCUCUGGUUUUUCAUUAAAUUGUUUUCUUUAAGAAAAGUUUUCAAUAGAUUUGAAUUCAGUCCCAGUGAAAAGUCAUAAAAGUUGGAAAAAGUGGAGGUUAGUGCAGAUAUUGAUAGGUGAAACCAACAGACCGUAAUUAAUUGUGAGACGGUAAAGUCUGAAUGCUUAACCAGGGAUGGCUAAUCUUGGCAACCCAGAUGCUAACCUCUAGGUAGACUAAGAAACAGGGUGCAAUAAAAUACUGUGAAUGGACAACAGCUCAAAUAACUUGCCCUUCUGUGGGUCCCUGCUCAGUUGUUUAGCUAGUUUUAGCUCUUUUUUUUUUUUACCAUUCCAAAGAGAACUAAAAGGGCAGUACAAACCCAAAAAGAAGACCGUCUCCCUCUGCACAAGAGAUACAGCAUCCUUUGAUCGCUAUUUCAGCCUCGUGAGAUGGUCUUGUGAGGCUCGGUAGACUAAGCAUCACGGAAAUGUGGGAAACCAACAUUUGGGGUGUGAAUAUACAAGACAAAACAGAGGAAGGUUGCGCCAAAGCUGACUAAAGUGCAGCUAGAAAAUGAACAAAGUCCAAAAUGUGGGUGGUGACAAAACAAAGUCUUUAGUAGGGCCUGGUGGGGCACCGAUGGCCUAUAUGGAGGGGUAUUCUCUCUAAGGGUCACGUGAAGAUGGCUUUUCAGGAUCCGUAUGUAAAGAAAGAAACAAAUAAUGGUGCAAAUACGUCUGAUGAGAGGGUUGAUAUGCAGGAAGAAGAGAUCUAUGGUAAUUCUACUCACGUGUAGUAGAGCUGAACUAGCUCUGUUCAUUUUCUAGCUGCACUUUAGUCAGCUUUGGCGCAACCUUCCUCUGUUUUGUCUUGUAAAUUAUCUUUGUUCAUAUGGUUUAGAGGGAACCCUAUUUUAGGUUGCUGCCUCCUACUUUACCUAUUUAUAGGAUUGGUUUAAUUUAGCGCUGUUUCCUUCUUUUGUAUAUUUCUAUUUGGGGUGUGAAGGUUAGCCAUUAUUAGACCAAAUACCCACUUCGGGAAUAAUCUAGCCUUUUAAACAAAUCGAUUUAAGCAGCUCUGUCACCGGAAAAUAAAAAUGCUCAUAAAGAUUGUUUUUACAUUUUGAUUGAAAUUCAAGUUCAAUCAAAAGAUAUCAUAAGACAAAGUAGGGUCUUCUGUCUUACGGUUGUUGCCUAACUUGACAAAACUUGGCAAAAGGUGGAGCUACUGUCACUUCUCCAAGCCGUCGCCAUAAGCAGCCCAUGGGAGGCUCCUCCGUAGAUGCAAAUGUUGUAUUCUUGUGAGAGUACAGCACUGACGAUUGAUGCAGCAGGAGUGGAAGAUCAAAGAUGGUGAUGCAUGCGGGGGACAGCAUCAGGUAAGUAUAACUCACUUCUGUUGCAUACCUUUGCCACCUCACCCACAAAAUAUUCAAGGACCCCAGAAGGUGACAGAGCUGUCUUAAAGGAACACAAUAGCGUUAGGAAUACAAAACUGUAUUCCUAACACUAUAUUGUUUACCUCCCCAUGUUGAAAGGGCUAAAAAAAUAUAUAUUUUUUCACUUUCCUGUUUCCACUGCCAAGGUCCCUCGAUGCUAGGUCUGUCUCCUCCUCUAGUGACGUUGUGCCAACGUGUGGAUCCAAUGCCCAUGCACAGUGAUCGCCGUGCGCAUUAACUUUCCCAAUAGGAAAGCAUUCAAUCAGUGGUUUCCUAUGGGGGAUUUAAAGAUGCUGGACGUCCUCAUGCAAAAUGUGAGCACGUCCAAGGUCGUUUCACAGAGUUAAACUCCAUGAAAAUGCAGGAAGCUCCCCUGGAAGACAGCCACUUAAGACUGUCUUAACUAGGUUCUCUGAACCUGCAAAGUCCUUAGGAUAAAGGAGGCAUGGUUGCUGCAUCCAGACCACUUCAAUGAGAUGAAGUUGUCUGUGUGCCUAUGGUGUGCCGAAUGGACUUUCUUUGAGAAGAAUCCAGUCAUAAAAUGAGAGAUGAAAUGUUUCUUAUUGCUUUGUUUCUUUUUGGAAAGUACAUUCGUGUACACAAAUCCUUUUAAAUAUUUUUAGUGUCAUUAAACAGAGGAUGACUUACUAGAGACCAUUGUUUCCUUGGGAUUAUUUUAUUUUACUAAUAUGGAAACAGAUUUCUUGCACCUUAAUGCACAUUUUAGUGAGUUUUAUUGAUGUGGUUUAUAGCUGUACACUUAUGCGCACUGCACACGGCUGUCAGUUUACUGCUUUGGGCCUCACUGAUACAAUCGCACACUCACUGUGAGCUAUACGGCUGUGGUGAUCAUGACCACUACAUUGAGUUUUAUUGCUGUGAAGCUCUGUGGUGCACUCAUAUAAUAUUUUACUGCAGCAGAACUCUGUAAUACCAUCCUACAUAAUGUAACCACCGUUACUAACAGUCCGUAAUUUUCUGGGGCAGUCAUGGUCUCUCAGUCCCACUGUCUCUUUUCCCCCCACUUAUGGUGGCACUGAGGAAACGGUAACAUAGAAGUUCUAGCAGGCCUCCAGGGCCUGCUAAAACGUUUCUAUCUAUGCAGGAUAUUAUCAUUGCACUGCAUAUGGGUUGCUUUUCAACCUGGGAUACAUAUGUCCCUUUUAUAGUUACUUACAUUACUUGCAUUCCCCCACAUGCCACAUAUAAGUAGAUACUUGAUAUGUUGGCAAGUUGGAUGCCUGUUACUGUGGAGCUCUGUGAUAUACCUAUUUAAAAUAAUGUCCUGACUUGUAGAAAAGGAGAAGCCAGACCAGGAAAAAGAAAGAUAUGUGGACCUAUAGGAAGAAUAUCUACGAGUUAUAUGAUACAUAGCCCACAAUAAAUAUAUAUCUGUCAAGUUAAAGGAACAUAACAACUGUAACCAUUAACUAACUGCUAAACCCAAAAGUCUUCUGUCCGACGUUGGGCAAUUCUGCCCCUCCACAUAUGUUCGAGUCCGAGGUUUGAAACAGAAAGCCUUGAACUGUGUGCCGCUGAUAGAUUGAGAUUGUCACCUGACACUCCCAGUAGCUCCCCGUUCAUAAAACGACUUGAAGAAAAUAGGUAUGAUUCUCAAGCCAUUUGUGAAUGGAGACCUACUGACGCCUUCAGCCUAUCAGCCAGUCAGCAGGGUUCUAAAGCUUUCUGUUUUAAGGCUCAAAAUCAAACAGAUGUGUGGGGGCAGUGCUUAUUGGCACAGGACAUAAGACUUUGGGGUUAACCUGUUCAUUAAUGAUUUAACCCCUGAAAACAAGCUUGUGCUAGGGGCCUCCUGGCACGAUAACAAGCUAAUUCCAAAUAGAUUGUUAUGGUGCCCAGAGUGUUCCUUUAAAUAUAUAUUAUAUUGGAACACCGAUCUGUUAGGUGAUUUUAGCUGCAUUGACUACUGUAGUUGUAGUCCAGUAAUAUACUUAUAGAGUAAUAGAGGUAAAAGGAAUCCCAAACUCCUGCUCACACUGUACCAGAAGAGGUUGAAAAAUAUGUACAUGUAAUCAUCAAUAUAUCGAGCUGAGUUACUCUAGAUAUCUACUGUGAUUUGAAAUAACAUAGUCUAAAGCUAGUUGAUGAGGCCAUUUCUUUUGAAUACUAGCUUAAUAAUAUUUUAAUAAUAAUAAUAGCUGACUUUAUGAAGUCAGAAUAAUUUCUGCAAACAUAUGUGUAAUGGAGCUCCAGUACUCCAACCGAGUACCUCCGUUGAUGGAUGCUCCUAGUGCUUCCAGAGGGCUCCAAACGCUUCUCCAGACACCAUAAGCACUGCAGACCGGACCUCUCUUCCUGCAGAGAGCGAAGCUGGAACAGGCUUUUAAAAGAGCUUAGUGGAGUAUGUAGAGUAUAGCAACCCCCCAGUGUAAAUGCAGCCUUAGAGACGAGGCUCUAUGUUGUUGGUCAAAACAGGAACUCAGCAGUCUGAGGGUUUAUUUGGCACGUAUAUGCAACUUUUUACACAAUGUUACCACCCACAUGGUUUUGUGGCACAGCCAAUCAAACACGUACAAUACAGUUAAACACUCCCAUUCAUUCCAGCAAAAUCCUCCCCUCUGCCUGUGAUAUAAUUAUUGUACACAAUGGGUUAACAUAAUUAUCACAGACAGGAAAAUACACAGUUUUAUACACUAUUCAUAACUCACAAAAUAUACAUACAAUCUCCAUAAAAGUUACAUAUUAUUAAACAGCAUACUUCAAAUACAAACAUACCCAAAAAUCAGACAAUUCCCUCCAGUGGUUAAAAAGUUAGCUGGAAGUCCUUUUUGACCGACCUCAAGCAGGCUUUCCUGCCCAAAACAGUUCCAUAGAUUUGGGCUGUGCGGUCGGUCAAUUUCACUCAGAAAAAUGACUAAGUCCCAUUCGAAUGCACGAACGGGGACUUAGUAUACUGUGCGUUUGAAUCGUCGAAUGGGACUUCGUCUUCAGCUGAAGCGUCGAAGUGGAGGAGAAGGUAAGGGUCAGCGGUGUUCGUGCAAAUGGGUAGCAGAUUUUAGUUCCAUAGAUUCAGGACUAACAAAGAUGGCCGCCACCACGUGUUCAACUGCAUGAAUGGAGGCCACGCAGCGGUCGGCAAUUAACCUGCGGUUAAUCGCCAGCCUGGGAGGUAAAUUAGCCACACACUUCCACUUCUGUGUGGUCCGCCUGUGCCGUACUUGGUUCGGUAAGCCCCAUUUACCGAACCAAAUAGGAAAAUGACAUGUACAAAGUAGAAAGUAGUUUAACAGUCUGGGGACACAGUUUUAAAGGGGCAUUGUUUCAAUUCUCACUGUGUUCCAAUACUGUGCUUAAAGAGCCAGCACCAGUCCCAUAAAAGUCCAUAAGCCCCAAUAAUGUUUUUAAAGGGCCAUAGUCAGAGGGCAAGAGGCUGGCAAGCAGGCCUCUCCAGGACCAAGUGGCGAAGGGCACUUAGUCACAAUAAGUAUGUGUAAGUACAUUUUAAAGAAGAGUAGCAAAAAGGAUUUUCUACACACAACCUUUAAGUCCUCCGUACAACCUGCUCAAAGGACUGUUGGCUAAUGCUCCAAACAUUCAGCAGCAAGUCACACAAAUGAAGAGUUGGUCAGUGCACAUAACCCACCAAACUGUUAUGAAUGUCCACAAACUAAUUAUAUUAAUAUGUAUUUAAACCCCCAUAGUGUAAUUACAGAGUACUGCUCUGUAACUGCAAUAUCACAUUGUGCGUUUGGUAAUAUGAUUUGAUUUUAUCACGAUCAUCACAAAAUGAAAUGCGUCAUGUGUGAUAUCGCUGUGAUGCUACACCCUGUAUUCUGGCUAUGGAGGUUAAAUACAUUUGAAGAAAGUUGAUGUAGACUAGCAGCAAUAAGUUCACAAAUUGCAUUUCAGUGUUAUAAUUUUUUAAAAUAGCGACAAAUAAUCUGAAUCAGUCUUGUUUACCAAACCCAAAUAGUGAUGCUUAUUGCAACAAAAUAAUGUAUUCUAUUUUCUCAAUUACUUUAAAAAGGCAAUAAAUUAUCAGAGCUCAGUUCAAUAAGAUUACUUUUUACUUAUCUAUCAUCAUAUCUACCGACAUUCUGGGUUCACACUAAAGACACUGGGUUUGGCAACCAAUUGGUAGACUUUUGGAGUACCACUGUAAUCUCCCAGAAUACCACUCUCCUGGAGUACCCCUGUAAUCUCCUGGAGUACCCCUGUAAUCUCCUGAAAUACCACUGUAAUCUCCUGGAAUACCACUCUCCUGGAGUACCCCUGUAAUCUCCUGGAGUACCCCUGUAAUCUCCUGGAAUACCACUCUCCUGGAGUACCACUUUAAUUUCCUGGAGUACCACUGUAAUCUCUUGGAAUACCACUCUCUUGGAGUACCACUGUGUUCUCCUGGAGUACCACUUUAGUCUCUUGAAGUACCACUGUAAUCUCCAGGGAAAAUGUAGUAGUGAUGUUUAAGAUAUAGUGUUACCAGAUUGACGAUGAUAGACUGAAAGCCUCAGCUACUGUUCUUCGCCUAUCAGUGGGUGCCAUUGAGAAAAUUUGUAAUUUGUGUUUCUCUCAAUGGGUGACCAUUAAUAUGUUGAAAGUGUCAACUGAUACUUACAGCCAAUCAGUGACGCUCAGCUAAGCCUACCUCAUAUUGUAGUGAACAGAGUAACUGAUACCAGAAGUGCUGGGUGCCUUAAACAGUUGCCAAAUGGUUUGACCACUCAAGUUAAGAAGGUGCACAGACACUUCUUCCCUAGUAACAAAGUUAUGGGUAUGUUGUGUUUAUAUUUGUAAUAAUAUUCUAAUCUAUUUCAUUGCUUUAGUGAGCCAUUGGUCAGCGUUAUUUAUCUUAAUUCAAUAGUGAACCAGGUGGUAGUAAUACCUAGGAAUUCAUAAAAUAACCCCCAACAUUUAGACUAAGGGGAGGGCUCACCUCAGUGGGACACAUGGACUCUUUGUCUCAGCAGAGUCCUAUGUAGGUUACUUUGUCUUCUCCUAGAUUUGGCUCAACAUGAGGGAAUCCUUCCUGCAAUCUAGGCUUGGCUAGUUGAGUCCCUUGGCCAACUCUGCAUUGUAGUUGAUGGAGACUCAACCCCAGCAAGCAGAAAUAAACAAAUAAAUAGCUUAAUGUAGUUGUUCUGGUGAGCAUAAUAGCUCCCUUUAGGCAAUUUCAUGUAAACACUGCCUUUUCAGAGAAAAAAAACAACAAUAAUAAUACACUUAUGUGCACUUUUUUCUCUGCAGAGGCAGUGUUCAGAGAAAUGGCAGUGUUUACAUUGCCCCUAAGGACACCACCAAGUGGCCACUCCUUAGAUGGCCAAUGCAUCUCUAUGAUGAGGUGCUGUUUCCCCAUGGGAAAGCAUUGGAUUGGCUAAAAAUCUGCCAUUUUGAUGAUGUCACCAAGGGGGUGGGGCCAGCACCGGCACACUGGUGGAGAGCUGAAAAUAAGGUGAGUUUUAACCCAUUCUGAGGGGGCUAUGGGGAGGGGGAGCAAGCCACCUAGAUGGUGGUUUUCACUAUAGGGUCAGGAAUACAUGUUUGUGUUCCUGACCCUAUAGUUAUCCUUUAACAAGUGAAGAUGACUUUCACCCAACUCAACCCUAGUAAUGGAAUUCUAAAACUUUGGGAUUAGCUUAAAAAAAAAAAAACUGUGAUUAUCAAAAUUCUUUAUUCUUGGAGAACCCCAACUAAAUGUUUGCACCUAAAAAAAAUGUUUUAUUACAAAUGUUUGUCCCUUCACUCGGAAUUCUCCAAAAAUAAAGACUGAUUGAGUCCUCUGCUUAAGUGACCUGUACAUGAACCAUAUAAGUGAACCUCUUCAUGCUAUGGCAUAGAUCUUUACUGGCCAUGUCUCCUCAGGACACAAGGAAGGAAGCAAGCGAAAGAAGCAAAAACAGAGAGAGGAACAGAAAAAGAAGAAAUCAAUGAAACCAGUCCACUAACACGGGAACGGACGUUCAAUGCACCCAACACAAGAUCACACCAUACUCUCCGUCUGCAAUGUUAACACAGUUUAUUUUGUUUUGUGUAUAUAAUGUAGAUUUAUUAUGGGUAGUUUUCUCACCAUUAUAGGUUAAUAAUAGGAAUUAAGAGAAACGUAUAAAUGACUCAUAGCUGCCCCUUCUGUCCUCACUCUGUACACCGUUUUCUAGUGGAGCAAUCUAGUACGGAGUAAGCACAUUGUCUAUCUCAAGGCAGCAUCUCCAAGCCAUGUUGAAGAGAUCAUAGCACAUUUGAUAAUAUGCUGGAGUAUGUUCCAGCUCUAAAUCUGUUACUUUAUGAUUGCACUAGUACCUAUAUGAUAAAGUCCCUAUUUACAGGUGUUACUUCCAUGUUUAGCAAGAGACAUGGCAGUAACAUUUUGAAUAUUUACUCUGCUUUUUCUCCCUUGGAUUGUUAAACUGUUAAAUUGUAUCUCUUGGACUAUCUGACAGCAUUUUGUAGCAUAUUGACUGGAGAAUAUAGUACAUUUUUUUUUGACACUGACAAUUAAAAAUAAAAAUGUUGGUUAACCAAAGAAGUUAUUUCUUUUUGCCCCAUAUUGCACCAUUUUUUUUAAAAUAGUGGGAAAUUGCUCUCUCUUUAGAUUGGCAACCUUUCAAUUUUAGAUUUCUGGAAACUUGUACCGUUACGUGACCCAAGCUGGGAUAGGAUGAAGACGUCACAGACCACUUUAAAUUAAAGGACUAGGUUGGGCAACAUAACACAUUUUUUUAAACAGUUUAACACCAAAGACUGUGUUCCAGCGCCAAAUCUCUCUUCCCCUCUGUCCUUCCAUUUGCUCAAAACCUUGAAACUGGAAGGUUUUUGCAGCAUCAAGCAGCGGCACCACUGAUGCUCUUGGCCAAUCAGUGACUUUCCAUUCAUAAUACUUUUCUUUUCAUGAAUAAGGAGUCACUGAUUGCCACUAUAGAAAGAGCCUUCGUGUUUAAAGAUUUUGAGCAAACUGAAUGACAGAGAGGCAGGGAGAUCCGGCGCUGGAACACAGACUUUGGGGUUAAACCAUGUGAGAACAUUUUAACUCCUAAAGGUGAGCCGGCGCCAAGGACCUCCAGGCAACAUAACGUCAUUUUGAUUAUGUUCUUAUGAUGCCCGGGUGUUGCUUUGAUUUAACUCAAUGUCAUCUAAAAAAAGGGCACAGAUUCCAAAUAUCAUUAGCCUGUCCUUGCUGUUGCAUGGAAGUUAUAGUCCAUGUAUUUGGUUUUGCCAUAUAAUAGGAUGGAUUUUAGGGAUGUACCCGAUAGUGCAGAUAGCUACCAAUAUAUGGCUGUCAUGUUCGUGGCACCAUGUUUCUUGGUGAAGAGGUUUUUAUUGAGAGCGGUGUUGUGGAUACCUCAGUGGGUCUAAAUAAAGCAACCAGUUAGUGGUCGAACCGUGUGUGAUCGUGUAGACAUGUAUUACGAUCUCAUCAGAAAGUCUCAGAGUCUAUCUAUUUUGAUAAAGUAGAUUUUACUUCCUUAUAUUAGUCGCUACAACAGUUUGAAGAAAUAGGCAUCAAAUAGGUUUCUUCAUCAAUGUCAUUUUUUUAAUUUUUUUUAAAACUAAGACACUGAAGCCAGCUUUUAAUGGCUGCAAUAACCGGGUUACAUCCAUGAUUUCUGGCAACAAUUUUUUUUUUUUAAAUAUAUUUAAAAAACAAACAAACAUUUUUUAGCUACAUUUACUCCCUCAAACCAUAACUGGGAAAUGAAAACCAUUCUUAUUACUGGUGUGCUUUCUUAUUAGAAAGUCGAGACAAAUGUGAACACUUUUUUCUUUCAUCAGUUCCCUUUCUUUUUUUUUUCUUUUUUUUUUUUUUUAAAGAAAAACACUGUGAAACUUGCAUGACUCUAUGUACACAUAGUAUACUGUGCCUUUACAUUGCCCUUAGAAAUAGAUUAUCUUGGGAUGCCUGUUUAACUAAUGUUUCUAUUUUAGGAUUGUUUUAGAAUAAAUCCAAGCACUGUGAGGGACCUAGAUGGACAUUUUCUACCCCACACCCCCCCUCCCCAGACACUUAAUGUGUCCUCCUUCCCAGUAUAAUAUACUUAGAGAUGAGGGGAAGGUCGGAUUUAAUCAUUUAUGUUCUAACUGGAAAGAACAACCUCUAGUGUUGGUAUCUCCGUGUUCUUUUUUGAGUUAUCUAGCGUUGAGCCUGUUUAGUUACCGUAUAUCUGAUACCAAAUUAUGAUCUCAUUAUCCCUUCUGUUAGAACACAAAGAUGAAAGAGAAUCAGAGACAGAGUUCCAAUUCCAAGUGAUUCUCCUGCAGUUUCACUACCUUAUUUCCCACACUAUAAUCUAAAAUGGCCUUCUUGUAGAAAGCUGCAGAAUUUUACAUAAUGAAUGGAACCUGCUCUAAAACUCGGAGCUAUUAUUUAGUAACUCUGUAGGACCGGUGCACCCAACGUAUCAUUGUACUAUUAGACCAAUCAGAAAUAUGUAUGGGGAGAAACCUAAAACUGAGCAUAAAGUUAUUUCCUAGUCAAAAGGCAUCACAGAAUUGUGAACUAUGUCUGCAAGACUCCUUGUUGUGUUACUGUUACAAAGGCCCCUUCAAAAUUAGGUUUUGCAGAUACAAUCACAAUGAUAGAAAAGGUAAUCACGCAAGAUAUUUUUCUUACUCAAUUUCUUACAUUUUCCUUCCUUUAUAUGCAUCGAUCACUUCUAUAGCAUCAACUAAUACAUUAAUUCCAUCUGCAUGACAAUAUGCCUGUUUCUACCUUCUUUGAUGUUAUACUAUACAAACAUGUCAAAUUAAAUCUUACACUCAUACUUGUUUUAUCUAAGACUUAACUCACUCCCAAGGCAUAUAACGUGUUCCAGUAUAACAAUCCUGCCCUGAGCAGACUGCCCACAGCCAGUUCUAGGUGCCACGUGUAGACUAUGAUGCAUUGUCUGUGUAAUGAGUCAAAUCAACAAUUAGAUGGUUCUCCAGUGCAACCAUCUUCAGGUCAAUCCUUGAAAGAAAUUAAAGAAGUUGAAAUUGUAAAGAUAAUAAUACUACCACAUGCCAGUUAAAAUUAAUAGCCUUUGAUCAUUUUAAGAUAUUUGUAUUUACAGAUGUAGUUUAUACAUUGUAGAGCUAACACCGAAUGCAGAAUACAGAUAAAGUCUCACCAUUUAUGCAGGAUUUAUAUAUAUGUGUAUACAAAAUAACACUUCUCCUUUAAUUGGGCAUAAGUCGGCAUUACAACCUGUCGUGUUGUUGACUCUCAGCGUGACUUUAGACAAGAGGUUCUGGUGUCUCAUCAGAGAUCUAAUACCAUCUGUAAGAAUGCCUUUAGAAUACUGAUUAACACAUCUCUACGCGGGGGUGACAUCCGGCGGCUUGCCUCUGAGUGUAACUUACACUCAUCAACAAAAUAUGUUGUGUUUGCUGAACAGGGCACUUGGGGAGCUGUAUCAUGCUGUAGUGGCUCCCAGAUUAAUUGAGCCAGAUGAGUUUUUCUCACAAGUGGGCACACACAAGCCGGCUGUGUCACAUAUUACUGAGACACCAGGUAAAAUCCUCAAUUAGGAGAGCUGCACGGUUUAAGCAGCAAAUUAUUUUUUAACUGGAUUCCCUAAGGAAUUUGUGUUAGCUGGAGUUAGAUGACUUCCAGUAUUAAAUAGGAAAGAAAAGUUUGUUUUGCUUUGCAGAAGUAGAAUAUGUGCCCCAUUGCCUUAUAUACAGUAUAUUAUACAUUAUAUUAAAGGGUGUAAUCUUCCAAUUAUCGUUACACUGGCCUAGACCGAUGUCCGUCUGGUCGUUAGUUACGACCAGCUUGUGAGUUCUGAAAUAUUUACUUACUUUACAAAUGAAUAGUGCACAAGUGGCUAAUCUUAUUGCUACAUAGGUAAGGAAGUUUGCAAAUAUCUACAAAGUUAAAGUCAUCCAUUACUGCUAUAUAUUAAUUAAGGAAUGUCUCACAACAACUUAACUAAAAGCUGGCAAAGUACCACGGUAGUUGUGGUUAUUCAGUAGUUAGGGGGCUGCUUUUUGCCCACUUCUGUAAUAAGACAAGCAGGGUUUUAAAGGGUGUCUUUAACCCCUUAAGGACCAAACUUCUGGAAUAAAAGGGAAUCAUGACAUGUCACACAUGUCAUGUGUCCUUAACGGGUUAAAGAUACAAUCCAAGCACAAUCUCCCUUACAGUUUAUUGUAGUCGUUGAAAGGAGGGUAUAAGGAUGGUUCCUUUAGUUUCUGUGAAACCAUUUUUGUGAUUGUUUUCUGAAAAACUGAGGAUCCUCCCAGGCACCCAAAGACUGCCGCCACCAUAAUGAGACAUUUCACUGCAAUAUCUCUGCAAAUUUAUGCUUAUUGCCUGUAGAGUCCCUAGAAUGUGGACUGGCCAGAGUAGGUUGGUUUUAUUGUAGCAGUGAUUACUAAAAUCCACAGUUAUAAGUUAAGAAAGGCCUCUAUUGUCUGGUUCAUUAAUCAGUGGAUCAAAUAAAAUGACUGGGUUAGGCCAGGAGUAUGUUGGGGGUAUAAUAAACUAAGUAAGUGUGGAGGUGCGAAGUCUGUUUACGAUAGUAGAGCUUGUCAAUUCGAAUCAGUAGAAAACGAUGUUUGACUAUCCUUAACUAAAAGCAGAUGGGUCGUCAGCUGAAUUAAAAUUCUCCAAUUAGAAUUUCUGUACGACUUGCCCCACUGACAGCCCACAACUCCUGGGUUUUGCCAAGUAGUGAAAUUAGGUAGAUCUCGCACAGCUAUGUGGUUAUAUCUUUUUAUACCAUUUUUCCAGUUUCAAAACAACUACUGACAUUGUGCAAAUGGCUCUGUUUUGUGAAUGAAGUUUGGUACUUGGCUUUACACUCGCCGUGUAAUGUCAAUGAAGUAUAUGAAAUAAAAUUAUUGUAUUUAAAUGAAAUGUAUGCUUUUCAUGUUUACACAUAGAAUUACCUUUAUUAAUUGUUAAUGCAGUGUGACUAAUACACAUUGGUAAUAAAGAUACAGAAUUCAAACAAA